AUGGUAAAUUGAAAGUUUUCAGUUGUAUUAUUUUUUUAAAAAAUUUUUAUUUCUUAGUUAAUUUAUAUAUUCUCGCACAAAUUUAGAACAAAUGGACUGAAAAUAAAACUGAACAGACCGCAAAAGUUUUUGUUUGAAAACGAAAAGUUAGUAUCAGUUUUGAAUGAUUUUACUGUAUAGACGGCGUGCAAUUUUGAAACUAUUAUAUACCGCGUAGUGAAUAAAAUAACCAAUGAUUAUUAUCUUUACAUAAUAUUAUGUCAGUAUGGAGAAAUAUUGAUUCUGUCAAACAAAAAAAAAAUCAAGUCGUAUAAGUAUUACGAGAACUCAAAGAACCCUAGGCUAAUACGGUUAGACGUAUAAAGUAUAAAGGAUUUAGUCAUCUAGAAAAAUUAUUACAACGAUUUUCGUCAAAGGUAAAGGGUAUAUUAUUAUCGAGGUACCCGAGGCAAUAAAUCAAAACCAUGAAUUACAUAGCUGGUAUAGGUACCUAUCGAUAUUUUAUUAAACUUGUCUUUUGCACGCACGAAAAGGCUAAAUAUUAACAUAUGAUUUUCAUGAAAACACAUUUUGAAAUUUCAAACUACAUCGUAUACACAAUACGACGAUAAUCGAUGCUAGUUUAAAACGAGACGAUUCUGCGGUAUUAAGAAUAAAUUCCAGCAGGUCCACACGACGAUAAUUACUACGCUACUGUGAUAGUUACUGUCACAAUACUAGUCAACUAUUACAAAAGUUUGUGUCUACUCGGUGAUAGUAGCUAUAGGAGACACGGUAGUGAAGUGUAUCUCGAUAGGAAUCUUAUUCGUAUCGUAGAAGUCUAUGAUCUUACGACAUUAUAAUAAAACGAUACAUACGUUAGUAUACGUGAUCACACUGGAUAGUACUAUCGUUCUCAAAAUACUAUCUAUGGAUUAUUACGUAUGAUCGCACGAUAGCAGCUUUCACGGUAGAUCAAUUAACAAUAAUUACUAUCGCCCUGUUUACACGAUGAUCAGUUUUACCAUCAGUGAUUAUGACUGUAAUAUCAAGAUUUUAUGAUGGUCACAUUGAGCGCAGUGUAAUUGUUCGAUAAAAUGAUGAAAAAAAACUAUUAUGUUACCUUAUUAUUACUUGUUACCAGUUAUGUUACCUUACUGAACAUCUCAAAUAUUUACAAUUUUAGCAUGGCGGUUGUACUAUACCUAUCUGUUUAUAUCCUAUUCUGUAGUAAUAUCAAUUAUUAAAAAAUACUAUUUUUAUUGAAAGUUUAUGACCAAAAUUGAAGCGUAGAAUUAUAUAGAACACUUACAUACCUACCUGACAUAACAGUUUCUACGAAAUUUUUACAAUUUAUCUUUUCUAUAUUUAUCGCAUUUAAUUAUCGCCGUCACUAUUUUAAUGAUAAAAAUAAAAUAAAUAUAAUUCUAAAUAGAUGGAAAAGUGUUCAUAGUUGUAAAUAACUAUUAAGUUAUUUGAAUACAAUAUGUCAAUAAAUAAAAAAAAAUUAGUUUAAGUUUAAAUACAUCACUUGACUUUGUAUGAUGCGAAUUUCUACGAUGAUACAUAUCGGAUAUUAAUUAUAACUUAUUGUUCAAUGCAACACGUAUUUAAUUAUAUAUUUGAAAAUAAUAAUACUAUGUUGGUAGUACCAACAUUUCAAAAAUAUUAUACACGAGGCACUUAUCGUUUUUCAUACAACUACUAAGCUCUAGGUCGCAUAUUAUAAUUAAUGAAUAGGUACGUGUGGUAAUUAAAAACAAAAAAAAAAAAAUAUUAAAAAAUACUGUUGAAGUUACUAAAGGGUGUGUGACUGUUCUACCUAUAUAUAAUACUUAUUUUUACCGUAAAAGAUUCGAACAUUUCUGGGUUUUUUUUUCAAGUAACUUUGAGUUGUUCGAAUUUUCCGAAAAAUUAAUUGAAAUACAGCAGCCUGUAUAAUCAUCUAAAGUUGAAAAAUACGAUUUUUCCUCGAUUUUUCGACAAAAUUGUUUUUGUACGAACCGUUUUUCCCCCUCAGUAUGCCGUAGAGUUCUUCGUUUUCAUAGAAUCCCCUAUAAAUGAAUAUUCUACACAUUAAAAUAUCUGUUCUGAAAAUUCAUCGACAGUUUCUACCAUUUUCAAACGGUUUAUUGUCAGAAACCACCGUUUUCGACCGGGGCGAACGAAACGCAACGCGUAAUAAAAUAAAAUGUAUACGAAAAAAUCCGGGGAGUAAACGAGACACGCCGUCGAAUAUUUAUCAUCUCUUAUUGCGACCCGGUUUUAGUCUGCACGAAAACGCGAAAUAAUGCAAUUUAUAAAUAAAAACUGUACGGUCGUAUAAAAUACAGCGGGAAUAAUAAUAGCUACGAUGAUGAUAAUAAUAAUAAUAAUAAUAAUAAUGAUAAUAAUAAUAACAAUAAUAUAUUAUUAUUACGGGCGAAGCGGGCGGGUUCGAGCGCGUGCGCCCGAUGAUAUUCGUAGGGGGUGACCGGCGGGUGGGGAGGGGGGGAUCGUGGGCGGGGGAAAAAGGAGGCGCCCCGAAACUCGGGUACUGGGUGACAACCUCGUCGCCCACGGGACCGGCGGCGACGGUGGAUGUGGGUCACCCGGCGCCCGGCGGAAGACGGUCCGCGGCGUCGCGCCCGGCACGUGGGCCAGCCGGGCGGGGCGUAAACGCGCGGCGGCGCCCGGGACGAACGUCGCGGGCGGUCACGCCCACCGCGCCGUGCCGCCGCCCGCGACGACGAUAAGUCCGCGACGCCGUCGGAUCCGCGACCGACGACAGUAACAGCCGACACGCUGGUUUGGACGGCACGCGUGGCCACUGGUGAUACAAACACCCGCGUACCAGACAGCCGCACGCAUAUACCGGGCCGAGACGGGCGAUCCAGCAGCCAACGUAACCACGACGUCACGAGGUGAGACACAACCACGCUAAAUGAUACAUUUAUUUUAAUUUUAUUAUUAUCGUGCUGGGUGAGGGGCGAUCGGAAUUUAGCUGUAGUUUUAUACCGGCUAUAGUCGGUAGGCAUUAUGUACUGGAAGCGGAAAAACGUCGAGGAACGAAAAUAGUCGAAUUUUCAAAAUUCACUCCUCAAAAAAAAAUAAAUAAAAUUUAAUAAAAAUGCCUAAAAUUAUAUUAUUAUUCAAAUAUUUUUUUUUUUUUUUUUUGAAUUCGGUGAAAUCUAUCUGGAUAAAUUUGUCAAUUCAGCGAACGAAAUAUGUGUCAUUCAAAAGUUUUAGGGAAAAAAUCACUCGAUUCGUAGAACCACUUAAAAUCAUAAAGUUAUGUUAGAUUUUAAUUACCGAUUCGAGAUUGUAUACGACCACGAAGCAUAGUUUAUAGAAUAUUCAGACAUUAUUUAUUUGAAACCUAUGCGUAAUGGAAUUGUUAGAGUAAUUGCUAUUUAUUACGAGUUAUUGAUGGGAUUUUCGCCGAGACAAAAGAUAAAGUAAAUAAAUACAAAUUGUUUGAUUGUUUCGGAAAAAAAAUGACUUUUCUGAUUUUUUCCCCCGUAUACCCCCUUCAUAUUAUAAACUGGUUAAUUUCCUGUUGUCGGGAAUACAAUUUUACAAUUUUUCAAUUUACGAUAGUUACAAGUCAACGAUAUGAUUACAUUUACUUUUAAAAUUUUCGGACAUGAAUUUCGAAACAAAGAAUAUAUAGAAUUUAAUAUUUUCAAUAUUUAAUGUUCGAUCCAUCGGCGGUGUAAUCAAAACUUAAAUAUCGUAUUUAAUUUUAAAAUUUUCAUCGGUACGGGCGUGAUGAGCACCGAGGAUAAGUUAGGCUACGCCGCGAAUUCCGAACUGGACGAUUAAACGACAAACAAUAGUCCAACAAACACAAUAACAUUUAUUCUCCAUAUUUAAUGUUAAUCGAAUGCGAUUUUCGUUCACCACUGAAUACAUGAAAAACGUCAGAUAAUAAAAUAUUUACGAAUACUCGAAACUUAAGCGCGAUGCGAAACCCGAAUCCGUUACCGCCCAAAAGGCGUUUUACGGACCGCCUUUUUUUCGUCUAAAUUAAACUAAAUAGAAACGACGGAAUUUUACGAGGUCAACGAAAUGGUGAUCGCGUAACGAUUUCGAAUGGGACAAAAAAAUAUUGUAAAUUUAUUUGCUCUUCCGUCUCCGUAUUGUAAUAUUAUAGCGCGUUGGACGAUUAUUUUUAUCCCGACAAAAAUAUUAUGUAAAAUAUUUUUCGAAUGACGGAAAAUUAAUUUAGUUCGGACAUGUUAGACCUAUACGGGAAUAAAGUGUUGUUAAAACGGAAAAGAUAAAUUGUCCCGAGGGGAAUCUACUGAAUAAUACAUCCACCGGACCAAAAAAACGUUUAACCGCACUGGAAAAAUAAUUUUUUUUUUUAGUUUAGUUCUUUACGGAAUACUUGUUUAUCCCCGGUUAUUGAAGUCCAACCAUUUUUCUUACAUAAUACCCACGGUAUUACACGUCAUUAUAACCUAUAUGAGGGCCAUCUAAAAAAUAGUGCUUUAAAACAAAACUUGUCUUUAUAAUUUAUGUGUUUCGAAUAUUUAGAUGUUUUUGUCUCAGUAUAAUAAAUCAAAAACAAUGACAUUGUUAUUCCUUCAAAACCAUAUAAAACAUGUUUAAAUACCUUUUUUGAGGUAUUAAAUUCAACGACGGACUUAAACAUAAACUGUCUAUAUUUAGUUGAGAGGGCGCGAUACACGCGUGUUUUCUCCGUCUUGCAAACGUAUAAAAUAUGAAAUUUGUGUUUAGAGAGGACGAAAUUGUGCUGCAGUUAGUUUCAAUAUUAAAGUGAAUCGAUCUAUUAUCAAACUUAGAUAAGUACAUUAUCUGUGCGAUUUUGGUUUUAUUUUCUUGAUAUUUUUAUUUUUAAGAGAGAAAUAAGUUUUGACUUUAAUAUUAAUACUAAAAGCAUAGAGUUGCCAAACUAAACGCAAAUUUGCUGUGUCGUACGUCUGUAAGACGGAGACAGCACAUGGGGUCAUCACAUCCUCUUAACGCCAUAACAACAGCCACAACUUCACCAUAAAAUGCAAUUCAUAAACAGACUAAUAGCCACUUAUAAUUAAUAAUAUAUUAAAGUGCUUGGCCCGUAUAUAUCUUAAAUAAAUAAAUAAAUAAAUACAAUAUUCACUAGAUGACAGCACCAAAACCAUUAUUGCCUUGUAAAGUUAUAGACAUUGUUAAGAUCAAGAAAGGACAAAAACAUCUAUAUCUCAAUAUGAUUAUUUUAGAUUUGAUCGGUCAUUGUUGCACUGAAAACUUCAUUUUAUCUCUAUUAUAAAUUUGAAAAAAAAAAUUUCAAAGUUUAACAUAUAUUUAAUGGUUUAGGAAUUAUUUAAUAACACAACAUGACGGUAAUGAUUUGACAAUCUGGAUUCCGGAUUACAUUGUAAUAUCCGGAUUAGAUAUUUUUUAAACUGCGAUUUUAGAUAUUUUGAUUUUAUAAUAAAAAAUCACUAAUAUGUUAACACUGUUUUUGAUGAAUACAUGAAUGCAUUAUUCAAAAAAACAAAUUAUCGCUGAAAAACGUGAUUUAGUAUAAAAUAUAGUUACCAUACUACUUUAGUAUAAAAUAUGGUUACUAAAUAAAAAUGGAUAAAUUUAAAAUUUAAUUUAUAAAAAAAAAACCAACAAAAACCCGAAUUAUUAUAAAAUCAAAAAUCCUGAUUUAUAUACGGAUUCGCUUUAUUUCCAUUAUCGUAACGUUAUUUAGUGAUAUUUAUUUAUAAUUUAUAGAUGUCUACAGUUUUGAACUAUUGUACUGGUUCGAGAAUAAUAUAUCCGAUAAUUACAAUAAUAUUAUUUUCUACUCACAGGUAACACCUGUACAUGUAAUAAUUAGGUACACCUAACUUAUCUAAUCUUUAUGUGUGCAUUUCGAUACAUCCGAUUAGAUAAAACCGUAUAAAUCCACAGUUCGGCCGGUAACUUUUUACUGUCCUAUUAAUACUGUAGCUGGUCGAUAAUUACACACAAGAUAUUGAUAUUAAUAUUAUUAUAGAUUCGUGUUUAUGGUCAAAGGUCAAUGACUCUGUUUUUUCUGUUCCACGUUCGUUUGACCGCGUCCGCGAAAAUUAACAACGAUUUUGUAAACAUAAGCACCACCGGCCGAAAAAAAUAAACCCCUUCAUCAACCGGAUGUAAGUGACUUAUGAUAUUUAUACUUAAGGGGAUAAUACACCGGCAUUCGACGUCUCUUAGUAAGGGUAACGGUGUUAUUUCGUAACUACUUACAAAUAGUACUCGGGCUCCACGAUACAGACUAGAAACGAAAAUAUUAUUUCAUUAAAUUUAACCAAAGUUGAAUUGUAUUUACUGUGGUUUUGCUGGCAGGUAAUAAUAUCCGAUACUCGGAUAAUUUAUCCGUGUCCGAAAUUUAAACGAAAACCGAGCGUCUUUAAAAAAAAAAAAAACCCUCAGUGAAAAUAUUGCAGUAAUUUUCAUCCUUAAUUUGGUAAAAUAAUAAUUAUUGUUUCAAGACUUUAUUAAAAUCCGAAUACUGUUGGAAAUAAGAAAACACAUUUUCGCUAUAAAUCAAAAAUAACUCCCGUGUAUUCCUAUCCAAUAAUUUGUCCGCCUAUAUAACAGUGGCAAACCCGCCUGCAGGUAUCAGCCGGUUUUUAUUUUUGUUAAUAUUUUAAUCUCUAUACAGUCUAUACAUUUAAAUUAUACAUAACUAUGCAGCGUAUAUAAAUAAAAUAUAAUUUAUAACUAUUAGUAUAGGUGUACGUAGGUUAUUUUUUUUUUUUUUUAAAGAUGAGCUGUACGGAUGAGUUUAUGCUUGGCGUGACAACAUAUUUUCUAUAUUCCCGCGAGAGUUUUCAAUUCCAACGUUUCCGACAACAGGAACCGUGCCAGUCGAUUUAGAUUUUUGUCCCAUUUUUUUUUCUCGCCGACGAAGACAUCGCGAGCGUUUUUUUUUCCCCCCGGAUACGAUUUAAUCUGCAUCUGGAAAUAGCGGGAGGUAAAAACGUUAUUGCCCGACGGCGAGAGAAGAGAGGGAAAAAAGGGCAACCCGUGUCAACAAAUUACCGUCGCGUUAAAAUCGGUCAGGAAGAAAAAAAAGAAACUGUUGGUGCGGAUGGAUACGACGGUAUAUAAUAUAAGAGACGAGGAGAAGGAAAAGGAGGAGGCUGAGGAACAAACACUUCCGGCUACCUCGCUAUAUUUAAUAAUAAAAUAUGGUUUUUUUUUCUUUUGCUUUCGACAAACACAACUAUGUUUUUAGCCUCCGAGAAAUAUAAUCAAUAUAACAGUUUCCGAUAUAACGAUUUAUAUAAUAUGGGUACAGUACCGUAUAAUAGCCAAGUGUAUCACGUAUAAAUAUAUAUACCGGAUUAUUGUGUUGCAUCCACUGACCGAUUGUAAAUUUCGGUAAAAGAAAAAAAAAUACACCACGGGAAAAAAUACGCGUUUUUCUCGACUGAUCCCUUUUGGUCCCUUGACUUUGCGAACCCGGUAUAAUAUUAUGGACUUGCUGCAGGGGAACGGACUUUAAAUCUCAAGUUGUUUUAUACGUAUAUAUAUAUACACUAUGUCAUUUUCUCGUGAUUAAUACCUAUAUAUUUUAUCCUUACGGCGUAUUAUAUGCGCCACAAGCCCGGGAUUUUGUAAUGAUAUUUUUUUUUUAAAAAAAACUCCUCGUAAAUCAGGAUUAAUCGUCGUAAAAACGGUUUACCGCGGGUUCUGUAUUCCAAAAAUAUUUUACCAAGACACCAAAGUAUAUAUAGUGAUAUUACGCUUUGAUGCAUUAAUAUUUAAUAAUAUUAUUUGUAUUAUAUUAUAUUAAGCUAUAUUACAAUUAAAAAUUAAUUUUCAACUUAACUUAGAAAGUAUUGAUAAAAAAAAAAAAUUAAAAACUCGUAUAUAUAUAAAAUGAUUCGCGUAAUAAACACUUCAAGAGUUAACUUUUAUUUUGCAUUUUCCGUUUUAAUUUUUCAGAAACAUUUUUCGGUUAUUUUGUUAGUUUUAAGUGCGUGUUCGUAUAAUAAUAUCAAUUAAUAAUUUAAAGUUGUGUAAUACGAAUUAUUUUCUCUAGAAAUUUGCUUUAACAAGUUAUGGGUGUUAUCUAAUUUAACGUCUGUAAUGCAUUACCCGAUUCAAAUUAAUACAGCAACGUCAAAUGUUUUUUUUUCCGUUUUAAAGUAUUUUUCUUAGCAUUUUCGAAUCAUUUUUAAAGGGUAUUAUUUCGUCGAAAGUUAAUAUGUAUGUUAGAGGAUUCAGAUAUAAUAGAUACAAUGAAAAGUAAAAGGAUAGGUUAGGCAGGUCAGGUAUGGCGAAGUAGAGAACAGACAAUCGGUCAAGUUACCUGCAGCUGGAAGCCGAAGAUCAAAAGACCGCUCGGUCGUCCAAGACAUUAAGAUAGAUAAGACAGACUUGGCUGUGUUGAGAAUCCUGAACGGCGAAGAGUUAGGCAUGGAUAGAGACAGAUAUGGCAGAGAAGUGAUGGUCCCGGCAAAGGACCAGAACGGUCUGUAUCAAUCCUAAAAAAAAAUAAUGCGGCCAAAAACACGUCUAGGCAUUUAGAUUCGGGUUCCAGUUUAAUAAUAUUGACGAAUACGCCGUCGCCGUAAAUGUACACUCGGUUUCGAGUAGCGGAGAUUAAACGACAACAAAAAAAAAAAAACACGGACGCGGACGCGAGAAAAUAUGAAUAUUGUUAUUAUUAUUAUUAUCGGUAUGAUAUUUUUCACCCUAAAUUUAAACAGCCCGAUCGCGUGUCUCCCGCGGGAUUACGCAGUCAGUCUGCGGUGAUAACGAAGACGCGCGUAAGUCCGACGCUUAGCGGUAGCGGUUACAGUGGUAACGCGGUGACGGUAUAGCGUGUCCCGGAGUCUUAAUGAAGGCGCGUUUUAAUUGCUGAUUUUUAUCGGCGGAACAAUCGCGCGUGUAUAUAAACGGGGUGAAUCCCGCGCGCAACCCUUUCACGCGUAGUUUAAUAAAACGGGGGGAAAACGGCGGAAAAAAAAAUAAAUAUAAAGUCAACCCUUUAGGUGUAUACACAACUAUGUCGGCGUAGAAAUGCACGAACAUUUACACAGACGUUGUAAUAAUAAUAAUAAUAAUAAUACGAUUGUACAGUGUGUCGCCGUCGCCUUGUCGUGCGCGUAUACGCCUGCAGAUACUAUUGUAACGCGAGCGUUUCCAGGCCAUUUAACCCGCGUGAUAUUUUAAUUUUCACACGAUACGUCGCGGCAGCGUUUUUGCGGUUACCGCCGCGGUAAAAAAACAGAAAAAAAAAACUGAGCGUCGGCUGCAAAAUGCUCUCCACCCCGCACAGGUGCGUUUCUGUGGGAGGAGGAGGACGGGGCGGGUGCCUUGUGCGGGUUAAAUUUUUAUCUCACAAAAUAUCCGUUAUCUGUUUUAAUCCUUUGCAUAAUUCUCGAGUCAUAAAUUCGAUAUUUUUUUUACCGAAUAUUUUAAUAUACGAGGGCCAAUCGAAAAGUAUCGAGACCGAGCGUUGAAGAGCAAAAGGAUUUGUAAUCCUGGCUUCUAUGAAUUUUUCCGAGUUCUUCUUCUUCUACCCGGUAGAAUCGACCUAAAGACGCCCUUGCCCCGACAGCAGCUGUAACACGUUCCAGUUGUUGUCCGACUGUAAAUUUUACAUAACGUUUUAACAUCACGACCACGGGCGUAUGGCGUACAUGGCGUACAUGGCGUAUGGCUUUCGGAUGAUAUAUUAUAAUACUGUAUAAUCGGAUCCGACCGAAGUCUCGGCCUGCUCGACAAAAACUUUUGGGUGGAACACGGGAAAUACUUCGCAAUGUACCGUAAUGAAGUUUCAACAACCCCGAAGAAUAGGUUAGGUAUCUCGGACAUACAGUAUGAUCACAUUUAGACCCUCAAAAACGGAUAUAUAAUGAUCAUCCGUAAAGCUGGAAUUUAAAUGCAUUGUUUUCCAAAGCUCACUGUGGGAUGUUCGUUUUGUUAGAAAUUCGUUUCAUGCAUAUUUUCGGAUAAGAAUAAGAUAUUUUGUAUUUUUAAUUAGUCAUUUUUUAUAGUUUUUGCACAAUUUUCAAUUUUUUUUUUAAAAUUAAAAAACAAUCAUCGACGAAGAUAAUACAUCGAUAUUUUUUGUUUUAAUUCAUUUCCGCGGGUUAUUAUAGAUACACGUGAAAAAAACCAUGACUAAUAUUUAUCUAGCCUACACGUAAACCGAGAUCUGCUCAGAAUCGGUAUUAGAUUACGGCUAUUCAUUAGUGUAUAAAGUAUCUGAACUAAAAUACCUCCAUAUCCUUUGUGUCACCGACUUCCCGCCAAUCACCAGUCAAUACAAAAUACAAAAAAUUGUAAACAGUUCGGGAAAACAUUUUUUAAUUAUAUGAAGUUAUUUCAUUGGCAGUGCGAAUUCGUUAACGUUUUAGUCUCAGAAAGUCGUUGUGUGAACAAAUCAGUGUCCUAACGUCCAUUCACGCGUUGUCAAGAGAUAUGCAUACAUAUUUAACGCGAGAAGGCCGCAUUUCGUUUUAAAUCUAUCUUGAUGUUAUAAUUGCACAGAUCGCGUCUCUCUCUCUCUAUAUAUAUAUAUAAAAAAGGGGGCGAAAUACAAAUUCAGGUGGCCGAAACUAUGAAAUUGAUAACGUUCGAUACAUGGUUCACGUGCACUGAUAGCGCGGUGAACACGUCAGAUUUUCAACGUCGUUCAAACUAAAAUAUCGCGUGUUUUACUAACCAUUUGCGGCCUUUUUGACGCGCUCAAUCAAGCCCGGAGUGAAACAUUUAGAAGCCCCGGGGACGAAUCAAUGCGUCUUAGCAAAAAGAAAAAUAAUACACGGUAUGGACAUCGUAUGGAUCUCAGUUCAAAAGCCGCAAUAGUAUUAUUUGAAUAAAUAAAUACGUUAAUCUAACAGCGUCACUAUACACAGUUUAAUAAUAGUCUGUACCGUAAAGAACAAUACGAAUAAGUGAUCGUCGGGCGACGGAGAAAUGUCAACGUUAACGGUUAGAUCGCACGCGUAAAAAACAUACGUAUAGUGGCGAAAACUGCGAAGCUCCGCGAAUUCAGCGGCCCGGGGGCCGCGGCUCUCUCCCUAGACCCGCGCCCCAUAAUCCGGGUACGGCCACUAUAUCGCGAAACAAUAAACGGGCAAACGAAAUAAUAAUAACGCCCCUAUUGUUACGCGCGGACGAAAUCGUCAUAAACAUCGCGUUUAAAACCGUCGAUGACCGUCGAUAUUACCGCCCGAGCUUAAGCCUUUAAAGUCGAUCGCGACGGUUUAAUCGUUAUAACGCCGCCGCGGCGGCUUUUGUAUGCGACGCGCGCGCGCGUGUGUAUGUAGCCGCCGACGCACGGAAAAACCAAAAAAAAAAAAAAACCGACAUAUCAUUAAAACAAUCGCGCGCGCGUAAUAAUGUGCCCAUAAUGCCGGGCGUUCGGGCAUCGAAAACGAUUAUUGUCGAAACGGCAAACCUGCAGCAGCGCAAAUACAAUACGCAUACCUGUGUAUACAUAACGUGCAUUGUGGAACCGUCGUCGUGCGAGCGCGCACGCAUUCCGGCUGUACGCGCGCGGCCGGGGGGGAUUACAACGUAACGGCAACAAUACGGCCGGACAGAUAUUAAUAAAAAAAAACACACACUCCGGCGAUACACCCGUACGGUAUUAUUGCGCGGCGGGGCCGAUAAUGAGUUCAAAAAGCAUCAUCCCCUCGACGGACGCGCCACUCGACUGUUAUUAUACUAAUGCCAACGUAUAAAUUGUAAUAAUAACAUUCCAGGUACACGCGCGUAGACGGUACCUGCAGCAUCGGCCGUACGUCGCCCCCCCCCGAGCCGCCGCGUACCGCACAGCCGUGAGAUUUAACAACAAAAUGAAUAUCCGCAGGAUUAUAACAAUAAUAAUAUUUAUCCGCCGUGCAGCUUUUGCAGCGUCCCCGCUGCCGAGCUGCAACAGCUGCAACGCACCCGGGGUACUCGGCAGUACCUACCUACCAAUAUAUAGUCUACCUAUAUAAUAUUAUUACCAAUAUAAAUCACCAGAUAUUAUUAUAUACGGUGUAUAUAAAAACUAGAAUUAUUAUAUUGUUUUCGACCGUGUACAUCAUUUCCCGAUAAACCCGUGUAGGCCCGACAUAAACGACCUGCUGCACGGCCCGGCCGGCGACGGUAAUAAAGUGUAUUAUAUACAGAAGCGUGUGGCGCUCGUGUUUUCCGGCGGCGUUCGCGGAACACGUCCGCCGAUGGACGGAGGGUUUUUCGGCUGAACUUUUCGAAAAUUGAGAUUGAAAUUCAAGGGUUCGGUGGACAAAAUGAAAUUUCGAUAGUUUCUCAGAUAAAAUAAAGGGCGAAGCAUGUUUGGACCCGGAACGUUUGCGCAAAUAAACUGCGACCCGUUUGCACCAAUACUUUUGAAUUUCUAUAAAGGCUCGCUAAAUAAACGUUCGGUUAAAUUAAUAUAGGUAAAAUUCUGGUCCAAACGGGCUGUAUAAAAAUAGUAUUUUUUAGCCCAAACGGGUCUUUAAAAUUGGUCCAAACGGGUCCUGCUCAGAAUAAAGCGAUAAACGCCAUGCACGCGAAGUUAACCGUCCUAUAUACGUUGACAUUAAAAAUUCAUAUAUUACCGUAGUUCGGUAAGUCAUUUGUAAGUAUUCGCAAGUACAAAAUCAAAAUUUCUAAGCGCAAACGACAUUGGUUAUUCAUAAAAUAUUAAAGCAAGGUCAAUUUAUCGAUUUCGCUACAUAAUUUUGUGCAACAACAAUAUGCAAUUUUGUCUACUAGAUGCGGAAACAAUAGUAAUUAGGAUUCGAUUGGUUCGAACCUUCAGCACUUAUAGCGGCUCCCUCUGAACCAAACAAGCUCAUAUUAGGCGAUUAGAAUACUGUUUUACAGGUGGAUUAAAAUUUUAAACAUUUUGAUGAAUAACCAUAUAAAUUUCGCCAUGUUUUUGCGAGGAGCCGGGUGAUUUUUAGCUUUGUACACAGCUAUACACUCACCAAUGUUAAAAUUGAAAAUAUUUCGGAAAUACAUAACUCAAAAAAGAUAUAUGUAUCAAAAAUUCAAAAUACAAAAAAUUUGACGUGUUCAAAACAACAAUAAAACAUUGCGAUAAACAACCGCGAUUUUGAAUGUGAAAAACUAGUGUACGACCACCAUCGAAUUCAUUUAUAUUCUUAAACAUACCUGCAAGAUAACCCAGAAAUCAAUAAGUCCGAAAUUCGAGUGGCAUGCAUCUAGAAUUUGUUCAAAUUUUUGUGUCGGUUUUUAGAUUUAGAUUCUUAAAAAAACUGUUAGGAAUUAUUGGAAACAUGUUUCAAAUAAAGUGCCGUAGCGCCGAGAUAAGAAUCCGCCGUUUUUUUUUUUUAAAGUUAGUUAUGGUUUUAGAGCGUUUUUGCUAUAACCGAAAAACUGCGUUGACAGACAUUCUCGGUUUGCUAAGAACCUAAAAAAAAUGUCUGUGGGCUCGGCCCAACCAAAAUUACCAGUUCCUAUAUUUUACCUCAUUUUUACAUUAAUAUAAACAAUUUUAUCGUAGUAUUCAUUGUUUCAUUAUUUCGUAAUUUUACUUUAAAACAUCAAUAUGUGAAUAUACAUGCAUUACAUUAAAAAUUAAAUGUAUUAUUGUAUUGCGUUAGUGACAAUAUGAUUUGUGAACCAGACCUAACAUUAAACCUUCUUUUUUUUAUUAGACACAUUUAAAAGACGACGCUUGGUGUUAGUGGCCAGUUUUAAUAUUUGACAUUAGGAGGUAUUGGUUUGUACCUGGGGCUCGUGACUUCUUUCCGCGACUUUAUUAUUGAAUUUACACCAUCAGUUUCAAAGAAACAGAAAAUCCGCCGACCCCGACGGAGUGAGGCCCCGGUUAGUUUCGCGCGUUAUUAUUAUAUUUUUUUUUUUUUUCGCGCGCGACGUAUUAUUUUCAAAACGUGCCUACCUACGCGUACCUAUACAAUACGGACGCGGACGGUCCGGGCCCGAAACGUCAUUGUAUACGUAUAACGUAUUGUGCCGUGUCCCCCCCCCCCCCCCCCGCCCCUGACGACGUACGUAACCGAUAUAAACGUUCUUACCGAGUCCUUGCCCCUGCGCUCCGGUACAUCACCGCCGCAUCACGCGGUUUCUACGUUCGGCGGCGCCCCUCGCGAAGAGACCGCAGCCGAUCGGUCGCGAUACGCGCUCGGCCGUCCGCACAAUAAUACCUACUCGCGCGCGCGAUACCCGCGUCCGUAAAAUAUAUAAUAAUAAACUCGGAACAUAAUAAUAAUGCAACGGGACGGACGUUAUAAAUGUGUGCACGCGCGUGUGUGUAUGCGUAUACGGCACAAUGCCGCGAGUAUUAUUAUAUUAUAAAACGCGAACGUCCCGGGCAUUGUGCGCGUCGCCGACACCUUUUGAAACCCGACUCGGAGGGUGACGCGCCCCGUAUUGAAGAGCCGAGUCGUCGUCGUCGUCGUACACGUUAUAAAUCAUUACUCGUAUGCGACGGCGGCGAUCGGACACGGUGCACCGGGACGGCGAUAACGCGACGGGACCGCGUGCGUACGAAACCAGCGCCUAAAAUAGUGCGUCUCCCGUAAAUCAAAACGUGUCCUCCGAAUCGCAAACGUGCGCACCGAGUUUUAGAACGCGUGUACAUUAGGUUCAGUACGGUGUACGUGACGGUAAAGCCGGUAAUAACCGAUCGACUAAUGAUCUCACUCCAACCAAUAUACGCUAUGAAUUUUAAAUCGUUGGGAAUUUUAUUUAUGUAUAAAGAGCCCUUUACCGGAUUUCAAUUUUGGCUACGGACAUCUAUCAAUUCUAUCAAUUGAAUUAAAAAGCGCGUUCCCAGAAUUCGGGUAUAUUUGAAUGUUUUAUUAUUUUUUUUUUAUUUUUCGCUUAUGCGUUCGAUAUAGUUGCGCGGGUUGCCCCAUGUAAAUUGCACCGAUUGCGACUUUUUUUCAUGUAAAUUCCACCGGUACGUUUUACUACCUGAAAAAAAAAAUUGUGUGAAUUCCACCGGUUAGGGAAAAGUGGGAAUGAGUCAGUUGAAACAAAUACAAAUUAAAUUCAUUUUAUAAAAGUGUAUAAAAUCAAUAAUGAUGUAACGAUAGAAUAUAAUAAAUACAAAUAAUGAUAAAAAUAUAAUUGCUUAGGUAAAAUUUAAAAUUUAAAUUGAUAAUGAUCAGAAUUAUAACGAAAACGAUUAUGUUUUAUUACGAGACAAGUCGUUAAAUGAAUUUUAGACCGCGGAAAUUCGACAAAUUUGAUUGAAAUUCAAAAAAUUCCAGAUAUAUUUGCAGUAAGGCGGGGGUAUUUUUUGACCAGGGUGGGUGGGUGUGCGGGUGGAAAAUGUCUAUCGGUGAUCCGAGGUAAAAAUACUCCGGGUCGCUAUUAUUUUCGCGCUGCCGGUCCGGUCCGGCCCCGUUCCCAACUGGAGGCGGACGGCCGUUCGCGUCGGCCGCGACCUCGGGCCGGCCAAACCCGAACACACGCAACUGGUCUCCCGCGGCCGGCGUUCCGGCGGGGACGCUCGCUCCGCGCGCCGGGCGUCACGUACAGGCACGCGGGAGAGCCGGCCCCGUACGUGACGCGCCCCUCACGGCCGUCGCAGGUGCUGUAAACUGCGGGCCGCAGUAUGCGUUACGGUAUUAUUACCGUCGUGACUGCCGCCGCCGCGCCCCCGUCGAUCCCUGUAUUCGUAUCAUAUCGUUUCCCGAUACGGAUAUAUUGUAAUUCAAAUCUCGUAUCGGUUUCUGUCUCCCCGCGUGUCGCGCGCGCGUAUUAUUAUUGUUAUUAUUGUUGUUGUUGCAUGCGUACCCGCGGACCCGGACGAGCGACGGGGCGGGUGACGUAUUUCGUCGACCGUACGUAAUAUUAUUGUGCGGCCGUACGGCGUUUACGGCAAUACCGUACUGGUUUUCGAAAACGUGAAGCGAAAAAAAAUAAUAAUAAUAAUAUACACGUACGCGGAAUAAUAUACAGACCGCCGGUCCCCAUAAACCACCGACGAACGACUCCGAGUCCGGGAAGGUGUGGGGGGGGGGAGUGGUCUGAAUAUCGUCUUGACGCCGAUAUUGUCGGUUUUGUUAUUACUCGUGUGUGUGUGUGUGUGUGUGUGUGUGUGUGUGUAUGUGUAUACGCACACGCCGGCUGUAAAAACGUAUACAGUGUUAUGGCGUUAUUGUCGUUAUUAUUAUUGUUACACCGAGCGCGUAAAACAACGUCGCCGCGAUAUUAUUAGCGUGACCUACGGGGCCGUUACGAUAAUACUUGUGCAUUAUUAUUGUAUAGCGACAUCGAAACGACGUUUGUUCGGCUCGUAUCAAAUAUAGAUUUGAAAAUAUUUACACACUGGGUGGGUGUUCGGUGACUGUAUAAUGGGGAAUAUUAGGCGCAGGAACGGCACUGGUGCGGGGAAAGGCGAUAAAAUAUCAUCCAUCUCGAGUACGAAUUCGUUGAAAAAAUUAAUUUUUUAAUUACAUUUUUUUUUUUUAGUGACUGGUCAAAUGGGGUGGGGGGAGGAUAAGGAAGAUUAAUAUCCCCGUAGUAGAUUUUUCCCUUCGAUGUGUAUACUGAUAUAUCGUGUACAUUAUGUAACAAUAUAUCGUCUAUACGUGUAUAUAUAAGAAAAAACAAAACAAUUUUAACGAAUCGUUAAAAACGUCGACACCUACACGACAAAAUUAUUUGACCGCCACUGCCGACCGACCAAUAGAAAACAUUUCUACGGGGCCCAUUGAUAUAUGUACGUUAAUGUCUAUAUGAACAGUAAAACGUCUACGGCGAUAAAGGCGCACUCUCGGUUUAUUGAUAACGAUAGUGACGUGUUUUGUAUUAUUGUAAUAUAGUUCCUAACCGCGAGCUGAAGUAACGGCCCUAUUUCUCUUUUGUUUUCCGGUCCUUUUGUAAAUGCGUUCGUCGACUGAAAAUAAUAACGAUGAAAAACGCACGAUAAUACGAUAGCGCAUCAUCUAUAAAAACAAAUUAAAACGACUUUAUCUGGCUGUUUGCAGCGCGCUUUCGGUUUGUAUUUACGUACGUAUAUAUAGGUAUAUAUAGGUGUACAGUUAUUUUUUAUAAUUUUCAAUUUCCCACACAGCUAACGAAUAUAAUAAUAUAACGGCGGCGGUAAAAAGGGUGAAAUUGAACUUAUCUGUAUCCGUUUAUACGUUUUAAUUUAAAAAUGAACGCGAAAAAAGUCACGGCGUUGAUGAUGAUGAUAAUAAUAAUAAAAGAAAAAAUAAAUAUUUUUUUAUUAUUUACUUUUAUUUUUUUUUUUUUUUUUUUUUUUUUUUUUUUUUUUUUUUUGUCCAACCUAUACAAAUAAUAACGAUAAUAUUCUAUCCCCCGAUAAAACCCCGCGUAUAUACAAUAUAAAUACCGCGCGGCGUAGACAGGCCGCGGCGAUCGGGUCUGAGGUGGCGAACGGGGACGCGGGGGUACCGGGUUGUAUCUAAUUUGAAAAUGAAAACGUAGCGCAUAAUCCUCGGUGACCGAUACGGGCGAGUUUAAUUCGUAUUUAGGCCCCCCGAUAGAGGGUGUUAAUAGAGAGGUCGUUAUCUGUUGUACGGUCCUUUUCCUCUUGCCGCCGCCGCCGCCGUCCGGAACUCCCGGACCUCCGCCGCCGUCACCACCAUCGCCCGCCUGCUCUAUCCCGCGUUUGUUGACAAUGCCCCCGGACUUCUCGCUGUAACCGUUAGAUAACGCGCCGCGGGGACCGGGCAAAGCCAGACUGCGCUAAUUAUACACCACCUCCGGCCGUCCUACGCUUCGGUCCGCGGCGGCGGCGGGCUCCGGACCGCAUCCCGCCGCCGAUAUCCUCGGCCGUUUAACGCGUCCUCCGCGCCCGCUCCUUUUACUCGUGCCUUCCACGCCACCUCCCGUUCCCCCGGACCGCUUCGGCGAUCCGAUUAUAAUAUACGUAUAUACGCGUUAUAAUAUCAUAAUAUAUGACUGUAUUAUUAUGAUUAUUAUUAUUAUUGGGUGUAUAUACGGCCACCGCACUCCCUAUAACUCUCAUUAAGUCGCUCCGCUAACUUACUAUACAUAAAAUACCCACUAUAUAUAUAUAUAUAUAUAUAUAUAUAUAUACAUAUUAUAAUAUGUAUAUGUACGUUAAGUACGAGUUAAGAUCGGACCGGAGAGAUUGUGCGCAAGCCAGAAAGACGCGCGUUUAUGUGACAUUAAAAUCUGCGCGCGACGAGAUAACUUCACGGUUCGCGUAUACGUUUCGGUUUACAAUAGACACGCGCGCGCACCCGCGCUAUCACUGCAGCAGUGUUAUUAUUAUUAUUAUUAUUAUUAUUAUUAUACUACAUACACCGCACUAUUCGUGCGCGGCGUUUGAACGAUUUUACGCUUACAGCCGUGAAAAUACGUGUUUAGACGGUAUAAUGUUAUAAAACGAUUCUAUUCGGAUAUUGUACAUAAUUAUAGUGGGACAUCGUUAUACCGGAGAACGACGCGUUGUUCCGUACGAAAUCGUAGUACUGCGCGAACGAGAACAUUCGUAUAUUGUUCCCGAGACGUAUCGGCGAUUAUUACGAUUUUCGUCGAAAUUCGAGUUUAAAACACGAUCGUGUAGAAAACAAAAAAAUUAACUGCUACUACAUUACGACUUACACGAUGAACCUCGUGUGGAAUUUUCGAACAUUUAUGCGCGGCCACUAAAACUGCGUACGCAUAAAAUCUAAACGAAAAACUCGAAAGUGUCAAAUACCUUGAAAUUUUAAUAAUUUAAACAUUUUGCCGUACGUCUAGAAAAUAUUAAUGCAUAAGUAUGUUGUGAACAUUUCAAGCCUGUACGAUUUUUUCGAACCUAAUUUACAUUAAAAAAAAAAAAAAAUUGAAAAUAAUCAAAUCGCUUUUGCCGAAAAUUUUUCUAACUUUUUAUUUUGGAUUUCUUUGAUUAUUAAGAAAACUACAAAAGAAAUUUUGAAAAAAAAAUGACGGUUUUUUAUGUGCCAACUACACAUAAGACUAUAGAUUCGCGUUUGAAAAAAGACGCUACACUUGAAAAUCGGAGCAAGAUUUCCGGUAGAAAAGUUGUUCCACAGCAACGAUUUAUCGUUACCUACAGAUAAAUAAAUAAAAUAACUCUUAUUUAACGCUAUAUCCUCAACUAUUCCCAUCUUCAAAAAAUCGCACGCAUGUUUAUCAGCAGUAUCAGACCUUUUUUUUAUAUUUUGUAUAUCGGUCAUACCGAUUGACAACAUUUGACAACUUGCCAAUAUCCUUCCCAUUUUUUUUUUAGAGAUGAAGCUAAAUAUUAUUGAUUUACUUUGUUGAUUUUUUCACGUUCCACACUUUCCCUUCAGAUAUUUUUAUUGUUAUUUUUUUUUUUUGGAAAGUAAAAUUGUUCAUAUUUCAUGUUGUCCGAAUUUAUUUUUCUUCUUAUUACGACACGACCGACCGGAGACUUACAACAAACGCACCUACAUGCGCGUGAAAUAAUCUAAUAAUUUAUUAUCUUCGAAACCGGCAAACACUUUCCGGCUUAUGCCGACUGUUAUUACAAAGCCCAACACCAAUGCUUAUAAAUAUUGACACAGCCGUGUUAUACGACUGCAGCGGGUAUACCUAACCUUUUUAGUCGACGUUACGGCCUAUGCGUUAGAUUAUCCGACAAGAACAGACAAGAUUAUAUACGGUGGUUAGAAUAACUCGUUUUUAACAAUUUGAAUAUAAAAUACGAUGUUCUUCGCGUCAUAAAUCAGAAUACGUGAGUAUUUUAAACACACCUAAUAUAUAAAAUCAAAUCUAUGUAAAAUAAUUAAUUAUUAACUAUUGGAUAAUAUUUUCGUAUAUACGUUGAUACACUACUGCACAUAGUGUUUAGUAAAAAAGGUUUAUGAACUAAUAUUAUCAGAACAACAAUUUAACUAAAAAAUUCCUAAUAUAUUUUAAAUUUUAUUAGAAUACAUAAUUUAAAUAUUGAAUAAAAACGCUAUUUGGUAUUCAUCGCAAAAUUAAAAUUUAUAUCGAAUAGAGUACAUCACAAGUCGAAUUCAAAAUAACUAAACAGAAAAACAUUCCAGUUGCGAAUAUAAGGGUCUUAACAACGUUCAAGUUGAUUUUUAAACGGAGUUUUACGGGAUAACCGACCGUUCGGCUAUCAACUAUUUAUUUAUUUAUGAUUUAAAGGGGCGUACCCAAUAAUUACAAUAAGUAUAUCAUAUUAUAAAUUCGGUUUAAAAAUCAGGUAAACAUCUACGUUUAUAUCGGUGAAAUUAUAGGUAACCCUAAGUAUAGGGUUUAAUACAUUUAGUUUAAGUUCUCCCAACAAUUCUAACGAUAAUAUAUAUCCACGAAUUGUUAUAGUGAUAAAAAGUUUUUAAUAAUAGUAACGUGUGAUUGAACUAAUAAUUAUGGUGUAUUAUUUCCUCGCAUACCUACAUUAUGUUUUUACCAAUUGUUUUUUUCAAGUGAAAAUCUUUUUUUCUUUUUAUAAUGCAAAUACAAUAUUUAUAUUAUGAUAACGUGCGUACUGUAUAAUAAGCGAGACUAGCAAUAUUUGACUUUAAUUUUUUAGUUUACACGACUAUAUUAUAAUAUAUUAAUAUAUUAUAGUAGAUGUUAAGCUCAACGGAGUUUUACCUCAUAUUUCUUCCGAAAAUUAUGCGAACAUGUUUAUUCAAAAAUUAAUGCAAAUCUAAAUCUUCAAAAUAUAAUAAUGCGUUGUUCCGACAAGUUGGAAUUUCUAAUGAAUAUGUAUACGUUAAGCGUGUGGCAUUAAGAACGUGGAUGUGCGGGUCAUGCCCAGGGAAUUAUAAAAUUUAGUUUAUCGGCAAGUUUGCGGCCGUCAGGUUCGAAUUCCCACAAAGUGAAGGACCCUCCUCAUCUUAAUGUCUUAUGGUAUUAUUAUAGAGGACAGUGAACGAGGCACUUCAAUUAAGGACGUCUCGCACCCUCUUGAACUUACCUACCUAGGGCCAUGGCGUUAGCGAGAUGAAGGGAAAAGAGGGGUGUGCAUUGACUAAAUACUGUCUUGGGAAGCUCAACGACAGAGUAGUGUGAAGUUUUCUUCGGGUCUAGGGAUUAUUCAAAGUACAAAAUCGUGUCUGGUCAUCCAACUUCUUGGCAAGUUUUAUCCCCCUCUCUACCAAAAUAUUCCUCAACUCGGCUGUAUAAUAAGCUCUCCGUCUUAUAACUUGUACGCGCAACGGCAUUGUUUUUACUAAAUAUAUAAUAAUGACAAUAAAAUACGUUUGAAAUUAUCAACAAAAUAAAUAUUUCGAUUCUGCGGAAAUGGUUAGGUAUUUUUAUUAUAAAACAGUGGAUGAUUUUGAAUGAUAAAAAAAACUUCACAUAAAUUGUUUUGCUAUAGUAAGAGACUACGAGUAUUCAAAAUCUAAAGUGUCUCAGUAAACACAGUUUCAUUGCUCCGGAAGCGUUUGUGGGUUCCCAGAGAAAUUAGUUUUGCCGCAAAUCCCACAGAUUUAAACCACAAGUGACCCGACGUUGUCUCAUAUCCCAAAACAUUCUCAGUUUAUUUGAAAUCUAAGUAUAUAAUUUAUGAAACUAAUUUUAUUGUUCCACCAUGACUUGAUAAUAAAUUAUUUUUACUUAAUCAAUAUAGUUUCAUCCACGUACAAGUUAUAACCAUUGCGGGGUUUAAUUAUGUUUAGUAUAAUAAACCGUGUAGGAUAGUGCUUUAACACGAUUAUACGCUUCUGGUAAAUAUCUUAAAGAACAAUAUGAAAUAAUAAUAAUAUACAAAUUCGACCAUAAUAUAUAGAUAAUUUUAAACUGUACCGUGAUUUAAAUACAAUUUUAGUUGUGAUCGACGAGUAUAACAAUUUAUGUAUAAUACGUGGACUUUAAUUAACAUUUACUUAUGCCAGGAAAAAACCCAUCCUACACCGAAUAACUUACCGAAUGAUAAUUAAAUUAUUGCUGAAGUUUUAUUUACGAAAGGUACAAAAAAUCCCAAUGAUAUUUUUAUAUUAAAAAAAUUAAAUAUUUUAAGCUAACUAUCCGGAAAAUGUUUUCAUUUUAACCGUUUACCGUCCGGACAUGCCAAUGUUCCCCUGUUAUCCGUCGGUUGUUUACCAGGUCGUGAAUCCACAUGAGAUGUGAGCAUUAUAUAAAGGGAUGGAAAGGGGUUUUAGCCAAGGAUGAGUAAUUAAGCUGAGCAUUAGGGGUGGUGGAACGAGAGGGUAUACACACGUAUCCCAUACGAGAAAGGGUUAAAAUAUGGAUGAGAGGGAGAGUGUAAGAGGAAAAAAACUAAAAAAAAAACACAUAUAACAAUAUUAAAAGCUUCAAUUAUACAUUAUGGGAAAAAAAACAUUUUGGGUUGGAUAUACACCGUGCCUUGAAUAUGAAUCUUUUCGUGCAUGAUUUAUUCCGGUGAGGUGCAGUGUCAUUCAAGAUACAGUUUUAUGUAAAUCCUGGUUAAACGGGGAAAAAAAUUAAAAUAAUAUCAAAAAUAAAUAAUACCUACCUACCCUUUUUUUUUUUUUUUUUUUUACAACUGAUUGUAGUUUAAAGUGUAUACAGGGUUUAGUUUUUUAGAAUACAACUGGCCGUUCUCAGUUUCGGGGAUUAUAAAUAUCAGCGAAAUCUCAUGGAUUAUAAAAAGAGAACAUUGUAUUUUUUCUCUGCUUAAUGUAAAGGGUGUGCUUUAUGGCCGAAAAAAAAUAUUUUAAUGUUCACAUGCUUUGUUUAUUUCUUCUAUUCAAUAAUAAAGGUUAUUUUUAUUUUUACUUGGAAACAGUUCCAUUUCGCAAUAUAUAGCGAUAUAAUAUAAUAUAUAUUAAAUGUUAACAUUAGGUAUAAUUAUAAUUCACUUUAGAUUAGAACUACACCUCCAAUAUAAGUCAAACUUAUAGGAGUUGUGAAUUUAUUUGCAAUUGUAUAAAUUUACCUGCAAAUAAUCUUGCUAUGAACCAAUCUAUCUAUUUAAUAUAUGUAUAUAUAUAUAUAAAUUAUAUAUAAAAUUAUAUUUAUAUUCGUACUUCGCGUUGGUAUAGAAUUUUUUGUUGAGAAACGCAUACUAGUUUGUUUCCAAUAAACAAAUGUUACGAGAAACUUAAUUAAUUACCAAUUUUUAAAUUUAGAAUUUUUACUUUGUCGUCUAUUAUAUUUGUUACCUUACAAAUAAUGCAUAAAACACCAAUAGACUGUUUUUGUAAUUUUUGAUUUCCAGGCAAAUAUUUGUUGCUCUAAAGGUCUUUUUUCAGACUUUUUGUAGCUUGGAGUCCGAAUAUCUCAACCGUUCCCGAUCUUCUAAAUCCUCAACUUUUGCUCCUUCAAUUAUUAAUCGUUUAAGUUUUUUAUCGUGUUCUUCCGUUUUUUGAUUACUUUUCUUAUACUGUACAGAGUGUAUUUGUGUUUUUCUGCGGCCAAUCGAUAGUAAAUUUUCCGCAUGCCAAUCUCGUUGGCCCGUUAACGACGACACGACCGCGCGUCGUCAUCCGAUACUCGUCACCGGUUUACGUUCUCGUUUCCGUCCUCUUCGCCACUUCCCUACCCACGUCCCCUCCACCACUGAAUCCCGUGCCGUUCUCGUCCGCUCGCCCGUCGCCGUAUAUACAAGGUAAUCUCUCCCCGGUACAAUAUAAUAAUAAUAAUAAUAAUAAUAUCCGAAUCGCGAAAUCUUUAUUUACGGCGGCGCUUCGGAAGACCUACAAACGUAUACGAUUGCACGCGCCGCCGGUCGAAUCACAGGGUUUCGCGCACACGUCACGGGCGUUAAGUCUCCGCGAGCAUUCGUCAUCCCCGGAGCGGAGCUGCGGCGCGGGAAACCGCGAUAAUCGUUUCUAUGAAUAAAUUAAAACGGCCGCAAUCCGCGCCCGCGCCCGCGUAUUAUUGCCCGGGAUAUUAUAAUAAUAUUGUUACUGUACGAGCGGUCGCGCGGGGGGUGGGGCGGAGGGCGGCGAAAGACGGACGGGUAAUCGUCCGCGGGGGAAAACCGAGACAGACCGUAUUACCUACGUUCUUCUUCUGCCGGCCCGUGCGGCACACCCGAUCGCGUUUCCUCGCUGCCGCCGUAUCGCGUUUAUAAACGACCCCCCUCCCCACCGACCCCCCCCUAGGGUGUUCGCGGGCGGCGGCGGCGGUAACCGCAGAUCAUGUAUUAUUAAUGACGUCUUUUGGCGGAAGGACGAACGGACGGUGACGGGGGCCGCGGUUUUCGGAAUAAGUCACUGCCGCCGCGCGCGUCCCUCGUCGCGCGCGGAUUACGCCGUGUACGCGAAUACGUAUACUUAUAUAUACAUACAGUUUCGCACGUCCGUCCGCGACGGUUUCUAUGAAAAAUGCUCGUCUCGACCCUUCUUAUAUAUAUAUACACACGCGCGUAUAGGAGUGCGAUAUAAUAAUAAUAUAAAUAAACGCAUUAUUUGCGGAACCCCGAUCCGGCAGUGGGGGGGGGAGGAAAAAAAUAGUAAACGUGAUAAACAGGAUAAUAAUAUAGAAAAAUCGCAGGAAUAUAAAUGGGGAUUAACCUGCCGCCGUCGCCGGAAGGGACGAGUUCUCAGCGUGUUUUUUUUUUUUUUUUUUUUUGUAUAUAAAACGGUCGGUUUUUUUUCUUUUCGAGUAUCCGCCGACGCAUAGACGUAUGGAAUACAUCCAUUUUCGUUUUAAACACAUUCAUUAUUCUUUCUCUUUCCGCGGAUGCGCUGAAAAUCCGUACCUUUAAAGCAGCGACACGAUACGCGUAUAACAUUUGAUUUUAACAUAACAGUAAAAUUUCCGUACAACGGUCACCGAAGGGACCGGAAAUAAUGGCCGCUAUUUAGAAGCGACCGUCCUUUAAAGUUUUCAUAUAGAGGAAUGACACUUGACGGGACCAAAAAAAAUGUCCGUCACACAAAAGUGACCGUUAACGGAAGUUUUACUGUAUUAUAAUAUAGUUUAUGAAAUUUUAUUAAAAUAAAAAACUUGUAGAAUUUCAGAAUAUUUCCAAAAAGAACCUACGAUUUAUAUGCAUAGUCUUAAAUUUUCAGAAAACCAAAAUUUAUAUUUUCCGAUAUAAUGACUCCCCCGUACAUUGUUAAUAUAGUUGGUACCUGUAUUGAAAAUAAUAAUUCAUAAACUUAUCCUCGAAUUAACGCCACUUGUUUGGAAUUCACAUUUUUUUAAAUGUAUUAUUACAAUAAUUCAUAACCGUUCAGUGGUAAUAUUUUAUUUGUAAUGUCGAAAGUUAUAACAAAUGCGUAUGACACAAAAAGAAAAUACUGAAUAAAUUAACCUUAUCGCUUUUUUUAAAUUACCCACGUUCGAUUUUUCUCGAAUUAUUCUUAAUCUUUUUCCCAACACCUUUAAUAGUGACUCACUUUAGACCACAUAUGCUCAAACUCGGAAAUUAAAGUUUUUUUUUUUUAUUAAUAGACUGAAGUAAUAAUAUUUUAUUUGCUUUUCAAUACGAAUUUCAACAUGUUGUUGCGGGAGAUAGAUGUUUUUUUAAACUUUAUACACCCUUACAGACUCCACAAUGAAGCCAUGGAGACGAAAUUUUGUAUACGCAUGGUGUAAGAACUACUGAUGUACAUUUUGGUGGCAGUAACGGAUUUAGAAGAGAGGGGCGAUGGGGCGAUUGCCUCACCCCGUUCAAUUUUCCUAUACACUCUUAACUUGAUUCAUCAUUGAGCUCGUCAUAAAUGCGUGACUUAUAAGUGUUUUUAAAAUCGACUCCCCCGUUAUCUUGUUCUGGAUCCUCCCCUGUUUGGUGGUUCCAAUUUUCAACCCAAUACUCACCGAUUAAUAAUGUUCAGAUUUCAUAUUUUCACAAAAAAUACCGGGUUUAAAUAACCUUACAGUAAGCAACCUGAUUAAAAUAUGUAUAUAUAAAUGUAAUUGUUGUUCGGCGUUAUGCAGUUAGAAGAUUUGAACGUCAAACCCCCAGUCACAACUCUUUGUUUUCAUGAAAAACUGGAGUACUACUAUUCCUAUUUUGAUAAAUCUUUUUGUGAAAAAAAAAGUCAUGACAUUUUGAAACGGGAAUGAGUCAACAGUGAUGGAAAAUUCGACUGUGUUUUGCUGUGACUGCUCAUGCUCAUGUGUUAUAAAUAAUACAACCGUGGAAAUAGUAUUAUUUCUGAACGUUUAACCCUGCGCGAUUAUUGUUAAAUUUUACAAUCAAUAAAAAUGUUGUUUACGAGAUACGAAUAUUAUGUAACAAAACGAAACGCCAUCAUGAUUUACAUCGCGUCCGGUUUCCGGUUUUCCGCCGGACGUGCGAAUUUUUAUGUACGUGUGUGUUCAUGUGUGUGUGUGUGUGUGUGUGUGUGUGCUGGGGUAUCGCCACCUGAAUCACAGCUCAUAAAUCAGCGGUCGGAACAAAGCUCGAUUAUUGUCAACGGAGAAAUCCCCGGACAACAAGGAGGGGUCAUGCAAAUUUGGCAACAGUAACCGAGACUGUGCCGUGUGUAUAUAGCACUUCCGUGUGCAGUGUACGCAGAUAACGUUCCCGGACACGCACAUAAACCCGCGAAAAUUAAUACAUUUAAACUUUCGAGAGAGGGACGAAAGCCCAUAAAAAAAAGAAGAAAAAAACCACCGAAAAUACCCCAUUUGGUCAGUCGCGUAUAACCGCAAAUCUCGCAUCGUCUGUAUCUAAACGAGUCAUCUCUCCGGGCUAUAUAUUUACUUGUAUGGGGUCUGACAAAAAGACGUCCGGCAAAAUCGAAUUAUAUUUAUAUGUGAUUUAUCCGCGUGUAUAUUUAUGAGUCGGACCGAAGCGGCGACGGUAUGUACAAGUAAGAGGGGAAAAAUGAUUUUAUGCGGUAAAAAGAAAAAAAAAACGUCGCCGUCCUAAUAUCGCGACGCUAUAUAAUAGCGGUAAAGUAUAACUAUUUUUAUUUGAUUAAUUGCACGCAGGGACACAUUUUCGUCACGACAGUCAAAUUGGCAUUUAAUGAUAACAUACCUGUACAUUAAUUCCCCCAAUAUGGCGAUAUGACGGCCCGGUUAAGACGGUAGGAAAUAAUCGACGAUAGUAGUCUUCUGGUAAAAAAUGUUCAAAAAAAAAAAAAUCACUGUUAACUGCAAUUCACUUGCACGUGUAUUGCAGUUACACUGCGCUAAUAUUAUGAAUGCUAAAGUUUCUUCGGACGGCGUUUUGUCACACCACUUCGCGCGCGGAUCCGAACUUAAACUUGAUAUAGAUAUAGGUGUACGUAUAAUUAUAGACCGGAAAUAACACACUGCAGGCUGAUUUUUAUCUCGUUUUUAAUCCCUAAAGUACACUGGUACAAAAAAAUCGAAUUGCUGAAAAACGAAAAUCGAAACCAAAAGACGUGGAGAUUUUUUCCAGUUGUUUUUCCCAAGAUUUAGAAACUGUUGAAAACCAUUAGUCGCCGUUUGCGUCGGGAGAAAAACCCGACGACGUUUCCGGAAACUUCGCCCGGGCGGCGGUGUCUGCAGGCGGAUACCGAAACGGCGCGCCACUGAUUAUAAUAAUAUUAUGUUGUACACGGAUGACGUCACGUCGCAUUAUCCGGCCGUCGAGAAAACGUCACAGACACCGAAUACGUCGUCGUCGCGUUUAUAAUCUCAUACUCCCGGCGUCUCCGGGUUUCCGACGGCGCGCGCGCGCGCGCGCGUCAGUAUUAUUAUUAUAACUUAAUCCGCGGACCGAUUCGUCGGGGAACGGGGCGACCGUGCGGAAUAAUUUAAUUUUCGCGGGCAUAUUAUAAUAUAAUAAUAAUAAUAAUAAUAAUAAUACUGUUAUAUAUAUAUAUAUAUAGAGAAGAUAUACGAGAUAUAUCGGUGUCGCGGUGUCGGUUUUCUCCUCCCGCCGGCGGCCCGCGUUCGCGGUCGGCGCACGUACAACGAUAACAAUAUACAUAUACGUGCGCGUAGUGUAUAACUGUGCGUAUGUGUAUAGCGUGUAUACACAGCCGAUAUACGUGGCUCGCGUAUCGGUGUAUGCGUAUAUAAAGUGAUGUUAUUGUAGAUUUUAGAUAUUUUGAACGACGGCGUGUAGCGGCGGCUGCGGCGGCGGCGUGUCCCGGGCUAAAUAUAACAUUAAUUAAACGAAUUUACGCAAUAAUUCAAGUGCGACUGACAGUUCACUAAUAGUGCCGGGGACUCGAUAUAUUAUAUUAUAUAUAUAUAUAUAUAUAUAUACGCGAGCGUAUUAUACGUAUAUUACUAUAAUAUACGUAUAUAUAUAUACACAUACGUGUAUACCUAUACGUUUAUACGAACAUACGAACGAGUACGACGACUAUACGGCACCGGCGCAGAGUAUUCCCCUCGCGCGAUCCCCGAUCGCGAGUCAAAACUUAACGGGGACAAAAAUACACGCCGCGCUCCGCCGCCGUAUAAUAUACAAUGUGUGUUCUUGCUCUUGUGUUAUACCUAUGUACGCUGUUUUACGCCGCCGCCGCCGCCGUAUAAUUAAUAACGUAAAGGUUUCGCCGUUCGAUAGAAUAUAUAUAUAUAUAUAUACGCGCGUGUAUAAGGUGUUCUGUUGCCGUUGCGCUCGAACGUCGGGGAGUGCGACGCGCGCGCGCGGGAUACCGAAACGCGCGGUCUCUAUCGUCUUAAUUAUCGGGCCGCGGAAUUUUCGGGGUUCGCGCGACCGCUAGACGCUAGAUCCGUCUCCUGUCCGGUACGUCACCCGUAGGCAGUCGCCGUCGUUCUCCCCGGCCGCCGUUCAACGGCCCCGCGCGCGGAGAUCACGGCGACGACGACGACGGUGCGGGGCGCCCGAUACCCGAACACCGUCGUCGGUGACCGUAUAGUGUAGACGGAACGAGCAGGACCCGUUCGGACCGAUUUUCCUGAAACGCGGAACAUAGGCGCAACUAGACCCCCGACCGAGCGGAGCUGCUAAAAUUAUAGACGCACAUCAUAUACCCGUAGAUACAAUAACCCCACAGUUCCCUUUAUACGAUACACUUGUAAUAAGCGACUAUACACGUCAUAUUAUUGACGAUUUUUUUUUUACAAAAAUGUAUCGUAACUCGUUUAUCUUUAUUUUUUAUACGGCACACGUGCAUUUUCUGUAGGUAUUGGUAUUUUAUUCUGCGUAUUAAUUAUGAAAUGCACUGACAAAGUAUUUAGGCUAUACUAUAAUUUUGGGUGCUAACUUAAAAUUUGGGGCUUGCUAAAGACCAUCCAGCGAGGACCGGACGGAUUACGAAUAUUAGAGACUAUGGACGGAUCGUUUUGAUAUUGGUCUCGUUCUCGGGACAAAACGCGUUCCGUUCCACGCACGUAGAUGCGUACGUAACCCGAAUAUGUACACAGCAAUUACGAUUACACCAUUAUUACACAACGCAAGUCACAAAAUAUUAUGAUAGUAAUAUAGUUUAUUAUUUAUAUAUCAGUUCUCACAUUUCAGUCUACUAUCAAUCUACCUCACUCGAUCCAUUUGGCACGUUCACCUGUUCACGCUUCCCAAUCCUCGAGCCUAAUGUUCCGUCCAUACGUAUACAAGUCUACAUUACUAUAACGUAUAUAACUAUAUAUUAUUAUUAUUUUGACAAGAAAUAUUGCGUUAAACGAAAAAAAAAAAAACGAACUCGACAUAACUACACACGCGAUACCUUCCGUACAACAACAAUAUUAUGAUUCAUUGCUACACUCGAAACAAUAAACAAAAUGCAAUACUCAUACAAUUAUUACUCCGUAUCACCUUAUCUUCUGCAAAAAAAAGGAUCAUUAAUCAUACAACUAUAAUUGUAUAUAUAUUUUUUUUUUCAGGUGAGAUUUGCCAAAUAAUUCUAGAUAUAUUAUAACGAUUCCGUGUCGAGAUUUCAACGGUUAUUGUAAGUAUAUAAUACAAAAAGCGACAAAUAAUUUUAAAAUCAAACAUAUAGUUAAGAAAAUUUGAUUACAAAAGUAUAGAUAAUGGAAAUAAUCAUGAAUUCAUAAACAAUAUAUGAAUCAGCGAUUAUAUCGAUAAUCAUAUACUUUUCGGCACUCCCGUACACGGGAUUUCUUCACGAAAGGGGAUUACGAAAAAAAAAACAAAUUAUAAAAUAAAUACGCCAAUAAUUAUUAGUAAGAUCAAAAUUCAAAAUCAUUAACUAUAAUUUCUCGAUCACUCGUUAUACUUCAGGAAUCUUAAAGAUGUAUAAACAAUAAACACGCUUUUUAAUUGGAUAAAACCAAUGACUGACUGUCAAUGACCCGGUGAAAAAAAAAUGCUCCCAUUUAUUUUUUAAAUCCCGAAAACCUCCCUUUAUAGAGCAUCGGUCUGCUUUUCGGACUUUUCGCAAAUUGUCGUUACGGUAUUUUAUUCGAAAAAAGUCAACGCGCGACUGUGCACUGCAUAUACCGGAGUAUUUUUGUCCAACGGCGGAUUUACAAUGCGUUUUUAGUUAAACCUAUAUAUACCUAUUCCAAUAAUAUAUCCAAAGUCCGAUGGAAAUCGAUAGUCGUGUGUGGUGACUUUAUCCCGCGGGGAAUAUUCAGUUAUUCGCGCUCGGUAAACGGGGCACACGCAUAGAUCCCGUGUCAUUUAUACGCGUUAUUUACGCGGGAUCAAACAAGCGUACCGUAAACAAGAGGUUUCCGGUGUGCAAAAGUGUGUAGGGAGACAGGGGAAAAAUAUAUACACAUUAAGUACAUUCAUAUAUAUAUAUAUAUAUAUAUGUAGGGGGAUAAGGUGUACAUCGAUUGUAGUCUGAAAGUCUCCCCGCUCGACGUUCGGUUCAUUUGCGUUCGCUCCGGUCCGAACGUACAACGUCCGGUCUACGCGAUCCGGAAACGGCUAUAAUUUUUCACUUUUGGCUCAACCCCUCCGUUUACAUCGGGGGCGGAAAAAAAAUCGCGAUAAUAUAUUUGUAAAUAUAUAGGUAUACUCGGUCGUUAUCUCGUGACACUUUCGGUAUGUCUGUUAUCGUAUAACCCUUCGAAUUACGGUCAUUUUUUUUGUUUCGAGUUUUAUUCCGUGCCUCGCAACGGCACGCUAUACCUACUUGAAUCAAUCUCCCGGUGCGGGUUGAAAAUAACAUUAUACAACUCUUACAAUAAUAAUAUAAUAAUCCGAGUAUACAACUGUUACUAAAGACUUAAAGUGAAUAUAAUAUCAUUAUGACUUUUCGAGUGUUGAAAAAAUGAUGUUAAUUAACGUUGUGAGCGGCUAAAAUGCAGAUGUAAAAUGAAAGCAGCUACUACCUACUAUAUAAUAUAAUAUAUAUUUAUAUAUAUAUAAUAACAUAUACGUAUAGGUAAACUAAUUUAUAAUUAAUUAAUUUAAUUUCUCGUUUUCAAUUGUUUCGGAUCUAGUAUCCUUGACUUUAUAAUAUACGUUCGUGUUUAACUUGUCUUAUUGAAGUUUAAAUGUUGUUCAAACGCACAACUUAAAUAAUAUUAUAUGUAGCGAUACUUGAAUAUUUCCUGCAGAAUAAGUAUGAGAAAUUAAUAUACUGUAGAUUGUUUGAUGUGCUGUGUUUGUGCAAGCAAAACCCUUUAUAUUAAAGUGGUCUAUGUGCUAUUGCCGUAUUUAUGAGAAUAUUCUGACUGGUAGAACCGGGGUAAAAACUAAAUUAAUUUUAACUAUUAUUUAAGAUAAUAGACGACUUAACUGCAUGAAAUUACAAAACAUAUAUACGAGUGGAAGACAAAUAUUAGUAAUCUGUUCGUUUACCUACAUACAUAUUUAGAAACUGUAACAUAAUUUCCAAUCAAACAUUUGACAAUAUGUUGUAAAACAAUAAGGACUCGUAUCUACUAUCAUAAUUCUCGAGUAUGUUAGUUAAUUAUAUUUUCCACUAUUUUUGUACGUUUUCAAAUAUCUAGUAAAGUUAAAUGAUUACUUUAGAUUGUGUAUUAAUAUAAACAGAUAAAAUAAACAUUUUUUUUUUAAAUAUUUAUCAAAGUUAUAUUUAUAUAUUACAAAUAUCUAGAAACAUAAAUCAAAAGCAUUUAAACAACAAAUUAACUUUAUUCCUCUCAUUUUAAUGAAAUUAUAAGUGAAUUAGAGGUUAUCUAAAUUAUACGGAACUUGAAAGACGAAAUAGUUAUUGAUAGAGUAUUAUUAAGACUCUAACAUACAUCUACAGUCAAAGAAAUAAAAUAUAAAUUAUUUUCAGAUAAAUUUAUAUUAGCAAUAAUCAACCCUUUUUACAAAAAUGGAGAUAAAUAAAACAUUACAAAUUAUAUAGGCCUAUGUCUAUGUUGUGUACUGGAAAAUAAGCCCUUCCUCAAACAUCAACCAAGUUUAAAGAAGGUAUUUAUAAUUGCAUUCUUAUUUGUUACUUAAUAAUUGAAAAUUUGAUUGGAAAUAAAAAAAAAAAAAUUUUAAUCGUUCAUGUUUGAGAAAAAAUAUCUGAUAAAUACCAUAUUAAUGUUUUUGUUUGUUGUUUUUUUAUUUUUAAAUAAAUUACUGUAAUAUUAGAAUUAUAAUAAGUCUUCGGAUUAUAAAAUAAAGAUGACUAAUAAUACUUUAUUACACUAAACAGUUAUAAUAAUUUAUAAGUAGGUACGUAAAUAUUAUAAGCCAAGAUAAUAAAUUUUAUUAGUAUUAAUAAUAGGGUUUACGUUAUCGUAUAUUAUUUCAGUGAAAAUGUGCUCAGAACAAUAAUAUUAUAAUUUAUGAAAAAAAAGGUAAAAGAAUAAUUUAAUUUAUAUCUGUAUGCAAAGAUAAACCAUUGCUAACGAAAAACGAUUCUGAGCCAAUAGUAUUUUUCCCUUGUUGUCAAGGUAAUCAGCAAAAAUCGUACCUAUAUAAAAUCACUCUUUUUUCGUAAUUAUUAAAAAAAACUACAAGGAAAAUGUAAGAAAAAAAUGAUCUCCACAAUGCACCAAUUAUUUAAAAAUUCUGCUAAAAAGUUUCUACACAAUUUUUUAUUGAAACAAGAUUACCAGUAGAAAAAUUGUUUACUGGCACAAAAAACACACACACACACACACACACACACAUACACAUAUAAUAUCACAGUUGUGAGCACUUCGCUCAAAAUCUAUUAAAAAAAAAAAAAAUGUUAUAAUAACUGUUUCGUAUAAUCGCGUGACCGCCGUUUUGAUUGAACAGAAAAUAUAAUAAUAAGUAUGUAUUAUUAUCACAUAUUAAAUAGGUACUAACGUAGGUAGGGAUUAUUCAAAAUUUAACGAACCCCCGUGUUUUUUUUAUUUUCGUGAGUAAAGUAUAAACAAAUCAUAAAAUUAAUGUAAUCUGCGAACGCCCGCCCGUCCGUUUUACUAUAUACUCUUUUUGUCUUUUUAGGAUAUUGUAGAGGAGGUAUAUUUGUUUUAAUGUUAUUAUGCGAGCGCGUGUAUAUUAACCGACCGAUUCACCUGUCCAACAUUAUGCAAACAUGGAAAACUGCUGGGAAUUAUCGAUUAAUUAUUGUGUACACUCGUAUAAUUAUACAGAUAACUAAGCAGUAAUUCGUGUGAUGGUGUGCAUGCCGCACACGCGGACUUACGUUUUAAUCGAACCGCAGUUUUUAAUGGGCACAUAAAUUACACGAGUUUAAACCUUCAUUAACCCUCCUCCGUGCAGACGAACGGUUAACGCCGAUCUGCAUUUUUUUUUUUUUUUUUAAUGUGUUUAGGGUUGCUGAAUAAUUUUUCGACCGUCAAAAAGCGAUUUAUAUGUUUGUUCGCCGCGUUACGUUUUCGAAACACGUGUAACUCGCAGGCGCAUAUUAUUAUGUAUACUUACACGUACAAUUUUCGAAAUCACGAAUUCCGAAAAAAAUUAAUACUUUCCGAGAUAAUUAAUGUCUUAUGUUGGAUUAAUAAUUAUUUUGUCAAUUAUAUUCAGUGUUUGAGAGCUGUUUUAUAAUAUUGAUGGGAAAAGUUGAAUUUCCAAAUGUUUUUGCGGGAGAGGCGUGCUUAUUUUUCUAUUUAAAUAUCCCCUAAAUUUUUAGUACACAAGUAUUAAUAAUAUUUUCAUAACAUAAAAUAAGCGGAGAGGGGGAAAUACGAUUCGAUAUAGUGACUGCAGAGCUCUACUGUAUACGAAUGGUUUUUUUUUUGUUCUACCGCAUGUUUAUUAAUAAUUCAUCAACGAUAUAUUUUACCAAGUUAUACGAAAUAAGGAUCCGAUUAUAAAAUAAUUAAUUUACAUUUUCGUUGCUAAUGCAAUUUAAAUGUGAACGGGAAAUAAUCUGUCGGUGAAUAAUAUUAUAAUUACACUUGAAUUAUUAUUCUAUACCACUGCACCGAACUUUCAGAUAAUCAAAAUGUACUUUUAGCUCUUAUAAACGGUUUAUGAUAGUUUCACAAUAAUAAUAUUAUCAUCAAUACAAUAUUUUAAAAUGGUUAUGUUAUUGUAACUUUACUAUAAAUUUGGUAAAUUUUUAUUAGCUGACUAAUAUAAUAUUAGUUGAAUGUAUAAUAUGUGUACACGCUUUAAUUUAAUCAAUACAUUUAAUUUGGUUUUGUUCUUUUUUAACAGAGCGGUAACUGGAAUACAUUGAUUUUACUAUGAUGAUUUUUUUUCUUACAUGCAUAUAUCUGUGGACAAUUUUUCUACUAGAAAUCUUUCUCCGAUUUGUAAGUGUAGAAGGUAAAUUCUAUGAAAUAAAAUUUUAUCUAUUUGGUGAAUUGGGGAUAUAAAAUUUGUUUUUUUUUUUUUUGUUGCGAUUAUAAUAAAAAUAAUGUUCAAAUCUGUAAUUAAUUUUUUUUAAACGUAAUGGGCUGUGAUACGAAGGUACUAUUUUUGAAUCUAAAUGUUUUUUUUUUUUUUAUUUAAUUGGUUCAUAAGAAUUUAACUACCAUAUACACUACGAGUUAUUACUUCAUUAAUAAUAAAAUACCUGGUAAAACGCUUGAUAAUUAACUUUUCCUUAAGAAAUACGUCGGAAAACUAUUGUGUAAUCUAUAUGAGGACAUUUCGGGAGCCACUAUUUCUUAUCACUACAAUCGUUUUACAAAUAUCCUAUCUGUAUAAUCUUGAAAGUGUGUUAUUAUUAUAAUGAUUCGUAAUCAUAAUACUCAGACUUUAUCGCCGCAUCCCGCUCUCUAAUUAAUAUUAAUUUACCUUUUAUUAUAACAAUAUGCUUGAAACCUAUCGAGUGUACACGCGCGCGGGGUUUUACGAGGAUUUGUUUAAUUACUUCGUAGGGAACACGAGGUCCAAAAUAACUGCCGCAGCCGCCGACGAGAAAAGGUCAGUGCGAUUUCGUAUGCAUCCUGUGAUAUCCGAUACGGGCAAAGCCGGUCCAAAAUUCCUGUCUCGGUUUACAUUGGGUGUUAAUUAAUCAUACGCCCCCUCCCUCUUUCACAUACUUCCCCGUAAUAUUAUUACCCGGAAAAUUAGUCGAUGCAAACUAUAUUUCCGUUUAAAAUUUCGAAAAUAGCCUGGUUUGUAUUCAUGUUCAAUAUCCACAAUGUGCAUUCUUAAAAUAUAUUAGUAGGACGUAGUAUAUAGUAUACUCUAUAGUAGGGUAGUUCCGAAUUUGAGUUUUUUGGAGUUUAAAGAUCUUAAAUGGAAAAUUCAGUUCGAACUAAUUUAUUUUGAUUUUUAUUUUGACGGUAGAUAUUUGAGCAUUUAAUUUAUCUCUAUGCUUAGUAUAGUAAAAAAAAAAACCCAUUUUUUUUAUACCUACACUAUAUGAUUACAAUUGAGGUUUAUAUUUUUCGUGACAUUUGAGAAAAACGAAUUAUACAAAGAAAUUAUUAACCUACUCAUUGCACAAUCCUAAAUAAUCAACUUUAUAAUAUAAAUAAUAUGUUUAAUUGCCUUUAUAUUAGGAGUCCCACCACUGAGUGACUGCCUCGAUUUUGCCUUCUAGAAUCCUCUAUAAUAUUUGCUCAAAUUUACUUAUUGUAAUUACAUACUGUGAAUAUGUUUAUGUUUUUAUAAAUAAAAACUGUGUGUGCAUAUUCUGAAAAAAAUAUGUUUCAGACAUUCCCGUGAAUUUUUUUAGUAUAAAAACAAUUUUUUUUUCGUAUAUUUAGAUUUAAGUUAAAUUUAACUUAUAUAGUUCAUUCCCUUAUUUACAUUCCUGUCUACGUAAUAUUAUAUUAUAGUCUCGUAUGCAAUUUUAAUUAAAUAAUAUUUUAAAUGCACUUCACAAAUAGGUACACAAAUGAGGGUAAACAAAAUAUUAUAGUAGUUGUCAGUGUAGUAGUAGUCAUAUACCUAUAUUAUGAAACUAAGUCCUGUUUUUUUCUUUUUUUUUUUUAACGAGAUUCAACAAUAUAAUAAUAAAACUAUUAUUCGGAGUUUUAUUUUUAAUUUUAAGAAAAUCCAAUUAAUAUAAACGAUAUUUGAACACGUGAAUAAAAAUAUUCAUUUAAAAAAAAAAAUAAAUAAAAAAUAUACGGACAUACUUCGCACGAUGAGUAUAUCUGUACAUAACGAUUAACCAUCGCUAACGGAAACCGAUUCUGAGCAGAGUUCGGUUAAUAGUGUUGUUUUAUCAGUAAUAUAUAUUAUGUCAUAUUAGGUAUAGUAAAAUGAUUACAUAUGCAUUAUAUGUUUUCUUUAAUAAUAUUUGCUUAAUAUUGUACUCAUUUUCCGUUUUUCCUACGUGUUUCUUUUUUAAUAUAAAAACAUAUGGGAAAAUCAAAAAAUGACCCACCAGUUAGAUCUUCUUUCAAAAAAAGUGCUAUAAUUAAAAAUCAGAGCAAAAUUGCUGGUAGGAAAGUUGUUUACAGAAAAAAAAAAAAUAAAAAAAUAAUCAUUAAAAACGUAAUAUAUUUCUCGCGGUACUCACAAUCUAAAAGGCUAAGCAGUUAUCAUUUUUGAUACAGACAUUUUGAAUUAUAUAUAUGUGUGUUUUUUAAUUUUUUUUUUAUUUUGAUAAAUACUUGUAUACAAUACAAUAAAGCGAAAUUAUCGGUUAUCUCAGACCGUUUGGCAACGACAACAAUAACGAUGAUAUAAAACAAUGUCCGUGAUAAUACAAACGGCGUAGGAUUUGCCGCGGAUGGGAUAUGUUCGGGGAUUCGGAGCGACGGAUUAACGUCAAAAGGAUCAGGAGUCUAACCAAGAAUGAUAGCGGUGCUGUGACCGUCGGACAAUCCGUGUUAUUAUUUUUCAUUAUCCGGGACCACGUGAAUUGCACGCAGUGAGGGGAACAAAAAAAAAAUGUCAACUUGUAAAACAACCAUAAAUCGGGUGUACAAAUAAUUACAGGAACGAAUUCGCGGUCAAAUAAAAUCGACAUUCCGUUUAUAUAUAUACAGGUAUAUUUAUUGUCUGCUCUCUCUCUUUCUCGCUCUAUAUCAAUGGUUUCAAUCCGAAGAUUGGUUUGCAGCCGUAUUCCACACUUCUCUAUUAUCCGCUUUCAUUUUCGUUUGCACGUACGAAUCGCCAUCUCGAUCCCUUAUUAGCUGUUGGAUGUAUUCUAGUCUCGGCCUUCCUCUGCGAUUCUUUCCUUCCACACUUUCUUCUAGAAAUAAUUUUAGUAAUCUUUCCCGCCAAAUUAUAUGUCAUAUCCGAUCAUUUCAUCAUUUUACUACAGUUUUCUAUGGGAGCUUUCCUUCCGACAUUCUUUCAAGAACCUUCUUAUUUGUUAUUCCAUCCUCCUAAAACCUCACAUUUCAAAUACUUCCAAUUUGUUUUUCUGCUAUUACAUUAAUAUUGUCCAGGUCUACUAUGACACGCUUUAUCUUAGAAAGUAUUAAAAUUUUUUGAAAUUUGUUUUUUAAAACACUUAAGAAAUAAGUAAUUUUUUUUUUUUGUUACUAGAGAGUGAAAUCACUACCUACCUUUGCUUUCAAAUGGCAAUCUAUAUUAAAAAUAUUAUAAAUAUAUGAAAUACUAGUUUUAAUCAAUUUUGGUGUUUAAAUUGUUAACACUUUCCUAGGAAACGAGUGUCUUGCGUUAUGUUGAUUAUCCUGUAUAGGUACACAGUAUGUAAGGUUUACUAAUUCGUUUAUAUUUCGAAAUAACUAGUUUACAUUUUUUAAUAAUACAUUUUAAAGCACUGAUUAUUAUUAUAAUAAUAAAUAGGAAAAUAAAUAUUCCAAUCGAUCAGAAAAAUUAUAACACCUUUUUCCUUAUAAAAAAUCAUGGUAUAAACAAUGUAGAGAAAAGAAACUAUCUGAACAAAACGGUCGUUAUAUUAUUACAUUUUAUUAUGGACGUCAUCACGAUUUGGAACAUCAUUUGUAUGGUCACAUCAUUGUAAAACCAAUAAUACAUUUCUCGCUUCACUCAAAAUAAGGGUGUCAAAAACUCAGUGGAAAUGUAAUAUUUUAGUGCUGCUUGUUUCUUAAAUUGUCAAAAAAAUUAUAUUGAAAACAGUUAACACUUUUCGAACUAUCGCAACGGGUAUAUUAUCUUCGUGAGACACUUCGUUCAUUUGUGUUAACAUUAUGAUAUUAUUAUUGCAGCGUAGGUAUACAUGCGUUUUUUAGUUUUAAAAUUAUUAUCGCUAAAUAUACGAACCGGCCUCAGGCGUUUUACGUCUGCACUAUGCGUUUAAUAUUAAUGAUUCGCCCAUUUUAUUUUUAAAUUAUAUUAUAAUCACCAACGAAAAGUUUCGUUUCGUUUGCUUGCGUGCGUUUAUGUGUAUGUAUAUAUGUAUGUAUGUGUGUGUGUGUGUGUAUGCGGUAUAUAUUUAACACUGUAACGAGAUAUACAAUGAGGCGAAAUCGUAAAUUACGAAAAGAACGUUCGGAUUCCAAAAUAAAUGCGACGAUAGUCUGGCGACAGUGCGCGGUUUCGAACAAUGUUUUUAAAACACGUGUGAACAUUAAACAUAAAAAUAAUAAUAAUACCGCGCGUGAACAAUGACAUUUUCGACUGUAAUAAUUUAUACACCGUCGUCGUCGUCGUUCGGAGCGGCCCGAAGUGUUUGUUUUUUUUUUUUUUCCUCGAGGGGAGACCGCGAUACGCGGAGCCGUCGGACAACAAGUUUUAAUUUUAAUACGCCUACGCCGUACGAUUUAGAGUAGGUAGGUACUAUAUCGGCGUUUUACGAGAACUCAACGCCCGAAUGGAAAUCCAAUUAAAAACGCGAUAUACGCGACAAUACGAACACGUCUAUUCGUGCGAACAAUAGAGUUGACACUGACGACGACGUUUGACAAGUGUCGCGAUCAAUUGUGAAUACCGCGUAAGUACGUAAACAUCGUGUUGUUAUGCGGUGUACGGCGCGUAGGAAAAUAUUGUUUUUUGGCGUUUCCGAAAACAUUAAUAAACUAACUCACGCCUACACAUCGUACGGUAGGGACGACCCAACUACAAUAAUAUAUAGGUAAAUUAUGAGCAGUCUCGCGGUGUGUAUACAUAUUAUACGAGCGUUCGUCGUUUCGAAAACGUCCUAAGUGUACAAAACAACAAUGCGAAAUCCGAUAAAUCCACUCAAAACCGUCGGCGUAUCAUACGCGUUUUAUAAAUCGAAAACAAAUACGAAACAUUACGAAUAUCCUAUACACGAGCGCGAUGUCCUUUACUCGUGAUACGCACGCGUUUGUUAUCAAAUACAUGAUAAACAAAAUGUUAAAAUCGAGUAGGUUAUUACACUUUAUUUUAUUUUAUUUUUUUUUUUCGGUCGCUUAUCGAUCGUCGUCAAAUCAAUAGUGUUGCGAACAUUAAUAGUAUAUUUUUCGAAAAAAACCGCGUAAUAUCUAUGGAUUGUUUCUAACAAUACAUUAUGAAUGAAACAAUGAAAAUAAAAAAAUACAUAUAUAAAAAAUAAUUGAAACGAAAGAAAUAAAUAAUAAAAUAUUAUAAUACGGUACAUUCCAUUUUAAAAUUUACGACUGGGAGAUUUUUUUUUUUUUGUUUUAUCUAUUAUUUAUUUUAACCUAUAUCUUUAUAUUAUAUUAUGUAUAUUUUCUCACGGUGAUUCAUACGACUCGCUACCGUCAUAUAUACAUGCGAGAUAUUGUAUCUAACCGCAAUUCCCGCCCUUAGGUUCAAAUCGAACACGCAUACGUAUAUAAUAAUAUAGGAUAUGGGGAUAACGUGACUUUUCGAAAGAAAACGCAUUAUGGAAAUGCCGAAAACAUAAAAGAGUUUUUCAUUCGUGUUCUAAAUGGUUAUUAUGUAUUAUUAUACAUAUAUAUAUACAAAAAUAUACGAGAUAAACGUUAAGAGGGCAUAAUAUUUACCGGAGGGGGGAGAAAAAAAAGAGAAAAAAUAGAAUAUGAUCUUGGUAUAAUGUAUAAUAUGUAGGGAAGACGCCGCACGUUUCCUCCAAAUAACGGCCGACCGGAGGAGGUGUACGGGGUGAGGGGUUAGGGUCUAUAAAACGACAGAGAGAGAGAGAUAUUGAGAAAAAAAAUAGUCACAUACGGGAUGAACUGACGUGGGUCGGGAACGAACGGCGGCGACCGGAGGUUAAGGGUGGGGGGGUAAGGUGGUGUCGAUAAAUCACUCGAAAACUUUGUUUUGUUCGUGACCGCCGCCGCCGCUGUCGCGAUCGGUUUUUCUAUUAUCAUAAUCGAGUUAAACUCCCGGAACAACCACCUCUCCACCCCGUCCCACUACUAUGCCCGGCACGAUACCGCCAUCAUCAUCAUAAUAAUGAUAAUAAUGAUAAUGUGUAUACCGCGCUAACCACGCGUGGUCGAUCCAUAUGAAUGAACCCGAGCGCGUUUAUAUAAUAUCAUGACGAUAACGGGGAACGGUCAUUCGAUAUUGCAGUAUUAUCUAGGCGACUGCAUUAUAAUAUAAUAUAUUCGACGAUGACGACCCUCCCCCCUUUACCACCACCCCUUUCUACCCCUCAAUCCCCCGUCGGAAGAGAUAGCGCGUAUAACCGUAAAUCGCACGGUCGAAUGUCAUCAUGCACGUACAUGCGUGUACAAUAGACAAUGAAAUUAAUGUUUACACGGUGUAGUACGCGGUUAAAGAGACCCGAGAGAUAGUGACGACGACGCGUCUGAAAAUGUCUGAAAUACUUACGGAGCUCCGGGACGCGUUAAUUUUAAUACGGUGUUAUCAAGACAAUUUAUAAUCCGUCGCGAAAUAGAAUUACGAACGAAAUAUGACGUAUAUCAUAUUAUUAUUAUUAUUAUUAUUGUAUACAUCAAUUUGCGCUUGUAUAACGUUCAAGUUUCGUUUGAAAAAAAUAAAAUAAAUAAAAAACGUGUUCGUUAAAAUGUACAUGACGUAUAUAUUAUUAUUAUAGUUGUUAUAUUAUGCUCGAGUUGUUCUUUUAAAAAAAAAAAAAAACGAACUUAUAAAACGAAUAUUUUUCCAUACGAAGUUACAAUAGCGAUGUAAAACGGCGUAUUAUAAUUUUCAUUUGUCAUGAUAUUAUACUUUUGAAAAAAAAUUAAAAACAACCCCGUAAUUCGUUUAUUUUACGUUAUUCAGACCGUUGAAGUUUUAAUUAACUAUAUUUACACGUAUAUAGAAAGAGAGCAUUAAUUGCUCAACCGUCACUUGCAAGGGAGCAAAAAGAGGGGGGGGGGAGAAACUAAACGCUGUUUUUUUUUUUAAAAAAAAAAAUAUUCAAAACGAAUUAUCAUUAACCGACAAUUACGUUCCCUCGGCUACACUCAAGAAUUGUUUCCAAAAACCAUAAAUACAUACGGAUACAAUAUUCAAUGUUCACGGAUUUGUCCGCGGUUAUGAGAAUAGCGCCAGCGAUUCAAACCCACUUGCGUUAAAAACCGAGCGGUUAUUACUAUCGGUUGAUAUUUUUUCUCUCGGUAGAAGACAUAAGCGUCAAAACCCUAGGUACCCCUGCCCUGUGCCACGGUUAAUAGAUAUAUUAUAUUGUAAUAGACGUAUGUAUUAGCCGUGUCUGUGUGAUAUAAAAUUUAGAACUAUACUCUUCUUCUUCUUCUUCUGCUCGGCUUGCCGGUCCGUUAACUCGCUGCCUUCAACAGGUCUCUUCACCUCUUUGUAUUGUAAAUCAACUGAUAUGUCGCAUUCUGUUCAACAGCUUUCAGAUCUUUGUUGCAACUGCAUCGAUCCGCCGGGUCCUGGGUCUUCCUAGGCGUCUUUUUUCGUUCAUUUUUUCCACGAGUACUUAUUUUUUAUUGGUUCGGCCAUCCGCUCUCCGAGUAUUUCCAAACCGUUCUAGUCGUUUGUUCCUGAUAAACGCUAAAAUGUUUGAUCUGUAGCUCUUCGUUUUUUCUUCUGUCAUACGUAAUAUUUGUUUCUCGGUUAAAGCGCGGUCCAAAUAUGUUCCGGGAUAUUUUUCAUUCAAUUAUUAUUAACUUUAGAACUUUAUUCAGAACUAUAUUGCCGUGGAAAAACGCUAAAUCUUCAUCGACAGAUUCAUUUUACGAUCGCGGAGUACAUUUUAAACCGACUAUUGGCGAUUUCCAUCGCCCUAUACUGUACUUGUACCGAAACGUAAGGCAAUAUCGGCGCAAACGACACCGCGCCGUUUUCGCACGUUCGGCGCCAAUGUCCUACGGCGUUUUUUUUCGCGGCGGCCGUUGUGGCCGUCCCGGUUACCGGCACUCGUCGCGCACCCAGCCGCCGGGCCGCGCCGCCCCGCGAUCGCCGCGCGCGGAAACCGCAGGGUCCGUGCGCCCGCGAACGGAGACGAUUAAUUCUCAACGGCACCGACGACAAUCAACGACGCGCGGCCGUCGUCGCGACAAACGCAUAAAUCGCGUUUAACAAUAUCAUACGCGUGUGACGACGCGGUAUCGCGGCGGCACGCACACAUCGACGCGCGACAAAGUGCGUUUUCCGCGGCUUAUCUAAACGCGUUCCGGUACAUUGGGCGCGACACGGGCGGCGCGUCAAUUCACCUACCCACCGCGCGCGCGGGCCGCCGAACCCCUCAAAAUCAACAUCCCGCCCGUACCCGCGGUACGCCGCCGCCGCGUCUUUAUCCUUCUCCGGGUCUAUAGUGACACGAACGAAAAAUUCGACUCGAUUACCCUUUUGCGCGCGCGCAGUAGGUAUUUAAUUAAAAGCCCCUCGAGUUAAACGCUCGCGCACUCUCUCGCGCUCCGUCCGUCUCUCACUCGCGCGCACCCCGCACAAAAGAUACAAAAGCGACAUAAUAAAUUUUAAUAAUUACCGCGGCGGUGCCUCCGCGUAAUAAUUACCGCCCGGCGGAUUUUCGUGGUCUAUACAUAUCCCAUAUAAUAGGUAUAGGGUUGUUGCCGUUUUUGUUAUUAUUAUUACAUGCUAUUAUUGUUGAGCCCGUUUCCCCCCGGUUGUUUUAUUUUACAUUUUUUUUUUCUCCCGACUCGCCGCGUUAGAGGGCGACGAAAUCGGCCGCGCGCCUUUACGGCAAACAUAACGACUGCGGCCGCGCCGCCGUUCGUCUUUACAUUUCGUUAUCACGUGUGAAAUUCCGCGGCUUUAACCGCGGUUGCGGUUCGUUCGACGACGCGGCGGUUAUAACCGUCAAGUCGAUCGGAUUGACUCUCACACACACCGCGCACGGGCCCAGCGACACGCAACAUUGCCGGUGACGCGCCUAACGUCAAAACAAUUAAUUUCUAAAAAAAAAAAAAAAUAUCACACACGUGUAUGCCUAGCAAAUGAGAAACGUAUCUAUUUCGAAUCUAAUUCCUCGAAAACGCAAUGUUAUUAACUCUAAAUAUUUAAGGUGAAAUCCUUAACAUACCAGCAGUACGUCAAAAGGGGAAAUUCACAAACACUUGUUGCGGGUUGUUGUAGGAAAAUAAAAUAUUAAAAGUCAAGUUUCGUAGGUAAGCAAAAAAUCCAUCCGCGUAUUCAUAUAAUAUAACUAUAGAUGAUCCGAUCAUUAUAAAACCGUUUAAAACCAAAGCUGAUCAAGUUAAACAAUUUUUUUUAACUACACUCAGUUUAAGGUGUUAUCCUAAAAAUAUAACAAACAAGCCAAUUUGAAGAUAAUUUUAAAAUAUAAAUGAACUCUAGGAACUAUACAAGUAGGUAAAAUGUUCCAAAGGUUUAGUUAAAUAAAAAAUGAAUAACUUAGUUUGAAUAAAAAAUUACUGUUUUUUUUUUUUUUUUUAACAAUCUUUAUAAGGCUUUAGCUAUUAAACUAGGCGGUUAAAGAAUCGGUCUUAACCAAUAAACCAUAAGGUAGACUUUGCCAGUGAUGGCUUGAUAGAGUGAACAAAUAUCGGGAACGACAGGGAAUGAAGAUGCAGAUAAACAAAACGAUGGGGAAAUUUGGUGUGGGGGCGGCGAAAGAUCUUAAAAACUUGCAGUAAUCUUGGGGAAAAAAAAACCGAUUAAUUUAAAAUUACGUCGAGAGAACGUGAAUUUUUGUUAUAUGAGCCGUAAUCCGAAGUAUAAAUACUCGGCUGGAAACCGUUGUUACAUUGUAACCGAUUAAAUAUUUUCUCAUUGUAUCUGCGCGGCUGGUUCGCUUAUCUUGAAAAAUGAAUAAUCUUAUUAUUAUAAUAUUUUGUGUGUAUCGAAAUAUUGUUAGUUUUCAUUUUGGAAUCCGUUAUGCUCGUACAGAUAUUCAAAAGAGAUAAACAUGAUGCGUCAAAAUAUUCGUCCGGAAAGUGUAUCGAAGAUAUUUUAUGCAAGCGAUGUUCUCAAUAAUAUGUUUAAACAACUUUCGUAUAAUACGGAAAUAAAAUUCUUAGUAAAGGUUAAUUUUUUUUUCAUACAAAUAAAAAAACCAUCUAUUAAAAAAAGAAUACAAAUAUUUUGAGACAAAAUAAAAAAAAAAAAACCUGGGAAGAAUUCAAAAGUAAAUAAGUUUGACGCGCCCGAUAUUAGGACGGAGAUAUUUUUAUGUUGGAUUUAAUUAAAUAAUUAUAAAACUGUUUAAAAAAAAAAAAAACCCUAUAUUGAUUUUGAAGACCUAAGUUUUCAGUAAGAAACUAUAUUUUCGACAGCUAGCCGACAAAUAAUUAAAAACGAUUUUUAGCACAAUCACGUUUGACCCUGUACAAGUUUUAUAAAAAUCAUGUUUGUUUUACAGUUGCAAAAUGAAGACACGGUGGCCGCUAUGGUGAGUUUUUGCGUUAGGGUUAGACCGGCAUACACGCAUAAAUAAAUGUAUAACUAAAAUCCGUUAUGAUUCGUUUUUCGUUAUGCAAUUGCGUACAGCUAUACAUUAAAUUCCGCUCAUUAUCCUCGAGGAAACACGAAUUAAUAUUUAUAAAAUAGUCAAUAAGUGCGAUAAGGGUUAACACUGAUAUAAAUUAGUUAUAUUUUGGUUAGUCGACCAUGAUAAUGUGUGCAUCGGUUAAUUUACAAACGUGUAGUACCAGUAAAAACAUUUUGUUUUUUUUUUCCAAACGUUGGGUAGGUACACUGGUUUUUUGGAAUUUUCAGAUUCUCAUCUCGCGGGGAGGAACGGAUCCGUUCCCGUGCAUCGAGCGCUAGAUAUAUGAAUUAUCGUGCCCCCAGUUCCCUCUCAGACUACGACACUGGUGUCCGCUAUUCAAACGAGGUUCAGUUUGGAUUUUAAAUUCCCCGUUCCGAAGACUUCCGCAAUUUCGAGGUGUAAUUGUAAACAUAGACGUAGUGGUGGUGUAUCUGUAUACGAUUUCUAUAGUGCCCGUGGUGAAAUAUUCUAGAUUGACCGAAUGGAGGGCGGCCAAGUACACAAUCCUAGUUUGGAUUUCAAUUUGGAUCAAUUUACACAGAUUGGAGUGAAAAAUAAAAAUGUCAUUGCAAGUUUUUAAACCGUCUCAAACUUGUCCGUGAUGCCACCCUAUCGAUGUGCCACAUGUUCAUAUAGGCGCCAGGUUUUUAAAACGUCUUUGGGAACUGAACUUAUUGAUUUUGACACGUUUGAGAUUUUUUUUAUUCGUAGACGUCUCCGCGUGUACUGCACUCGGUUAAAUAUUUCGAGAAGACGGGGAGACUUGUUGUUGACAAUUUUUAUAUUAUCUACUUUUUUUUUUUUGUUUUUCUAAUAACAACGAACGUAACAAAAAAGGGAGGCUCGUGCGCGGGGAACGCAGCCGGGAGGGCGUUCGCUAUUCAGAGAGAGUUCAGUUUACAGUUUGUGAAGUGCCCGUUUCCGUUUUCGUUCACUGUGCGGUACGACGCGCUAAACGCUGAACAACAACGCGCAGCUAUCCGCGGAUCGGAAAACAAAUUAGUUCCGUUUCAUACAAUUCGGUUGUAAAUGGCCACAUUACAAGUUCUAACGAAAUAUUUUACGAAACGUUGGGCCACGACGAUCCGUAUAUGACGGCGAUGAAACGUAAACGACUUAGAAACGUCAACGUCCCGAGAAAAAUAAUAUUACAGUUUCCAUAUCGUAGCGCGCGCUCUGUUAACGAAUUAACAACGUGCCGUACAAUCGGCAAGACGGCGUACGCGAAAAUACAUUAAUUAUUCGAAUACAUUACACAACACUGCCCGACGGUGCAUAAUAACAGUCCGGCCGCGGCCCACGGGUUUCUCGUAAAACGUUCGUGCGCUUUGCGAAUUUAUACGGUCUGCCGGCACGACGGCGGCAGAUCGUUCGCCGAUCCCCGGUCGCCCGCGCCCGCACCCUCGUCGCCGACCGACCGUUUCCGUCCGAUUCCGAAGUAACGUUUUAAUUAUUCACAUCAGCGGCGUAAUAAAUCGCGUGUGGUCGGCGGCGGCAGCGGCGGCAGCUGUUGCUUAAUCGGUUGUUGCGGUGAUGCCCCACGCGAAAACGGACGGCGGCGGUGACCGCUUGCGCCGGACAGUUCACUAACUCAUCCCGGCCGCCGGCGGCCGGCUCGCUAACUCAAUUACAUCGCCGCGCUGACCGUUCCGCCGCGAUCCGCACAACUUUCGGCUUUAACUAGUUUACGGCCGCGGCGGCAACCACAACCGGUGUCAGUGUUGUUCAGGUAAUACGGUGGACGGUCGGAAACGUCAGCGGCGCCGUCGGCAAAUCGCGCGUAUUGUAAUAAUAUUGUUGGUAACGUACGCCGUUCCGCGCGAUUACGCUACGGAAAAAAAAAAAAAAAUUAAUACCCGCGGGGUGAACGGUCGGGGCCGGGCGCGCGUUAGUGUUACGGUAUCCGUUCGGCGCCCACCGGGCCGAAUUAAAAAAUUCACCACGACGCGUUUUGUCGUUCGCUUGCGAAAGUGUCAUGAUAUCGAUGGUGUUUUACUAAAAGGGCGUAUACGGCAUGUAAAAACGAACUAUACAUUUUUGGUAUCAAAAAGUUCAGAAAAAUUAGGCGCGUAAAGCGGGAAAAGGGCGUAAUUAAAACACAGAAAAUUGAGUUGGUAAUGUCUACACAAAAGAUGAUGUACAGGCGACCUUUUAUAGUAUAACUAAAUCAAUACACUGAUUUCCUUGCAAAGGCGUUCCGACCACACUCAAUACAUAUAUAUUUCGUAUACAAGAUAUCGUGUAUACGAGUAAUUUGUUUUUUUUAAACAUCGUUAAAAACUGAUUUGCUGUUUUUCCCCCUAAAAAAAAAAAAAAAAAUGAAAUUUGAUUUCGCCAUUUUAACGAAUCGCAGUCGAUAUUGCGUUUCCGUUGUCUUGGGGCCCUUCGGUCGUCUCCGUUCGCUCGCUCGUUUCGAAAUUUAAUCGAAAAUAGCCAUCGUGUUUUGUUUUGAUGCAAAAAAAAAAACCGCGUCGGGUGGGUCACAGAGUCCGUACAGGCGAGAAAUUACCGAAAAACGCUAAUAAAUUUUGAUUCACGAUCUUUGGCAUCGGGCCCGACAACAAUGGGGUUUACGGGCGCGCCGUUUGCCCGCCGUCGACACUUUGAAAACGUAUCGAUGCCCCGACCACAACAGAAAUGCAAUAUGAAAUUUCCGGGCACGCGCCAUUGAAACGGACCGAUCACAAACCGAGAACGCGAACCGGGGCGCCUGAAACGGAUACCGCAAUGCUAAUACUCGGCCCGGCUGGAGAAUCCAGACCCAUUUGAUGCGAAUGGGAAACAUAAUAUUCCUAUAGUCGAUCGUGUUUCGGCUAUAAUAAAGCCGACUAAUUGUACCGUUUUUCCAUUAUCACGCCGUAAAAUGCCGGGCUCCGUGAAAACGGUCGGUAUAAACCGCACUUAUCGGACGGUUCGCGUUUCAUAAACGUAUUCCAAUCGGUGAAUAUUUUUAUUGAUGAUUACACCGGUACAAACAUCACCGUAUUAUAAUACGCGCUUGCGAACAUUUAAAAUUCAAUUCCGAGUCGCAGUUUGUGUGAUGUUUGAACGAAGAGUACUAAAGUUUGUUUACAAUUUUAAAAUCCGAUCCAUCGUAGUCUUUUAAGCGUCUUAUUGUCUUAGUAUCUUAUUUGUGUAGAUAAAUACUUUAAAACAAUUUUCAAUCAAUUUAUUUAUUUCAACACACACGGGUAUAUCUGAAAAUCCCGCGUAGCCUUUUCGUAGCCUUUUCGAUAUCGAUAUAUGUUUUUUAAAUGAAAUUUAAUUUUCAACCCUCUGUGAAAACAAUUCGAUUACACUCGUUCGCUGUCGCUUUUUCGCCGUCGAGUGAAUAGAAUCCGUCAUCAUUAUAAUACGAUAACACAAUAUAUUUUAUAAUAAUUGCCGUUAUAGAUUUUAAUUAAUCGGAUAUGUCACGACCAAACCGUCGAUGUCCACUACACACUACGCGCACAUACAGGUACCGUCCAUACAACAUAUUAUUAUUAUUAUCACUAUUAUCGUUAUAUGUCAAUGUAACCGACAGUUCAAAAAUUAAUUAUUUAUACCGCGUAACCGAAAAUUACUAAAACGACAUUAUAUGAUCACCGUCAUCGUCAUCAUCAUCAUCAUCGUAUAAUAAUACAUCGUUAAAUAAAUGAUUAACAAAAGCCCCGCGAAUGUUUAAAUUGCAUUAUUAUACACCUAUACGUGUGCGAGCGAUAAUCAUAUUGUUUUCCGUGUAAAACUAAAAACGCUGCAAAAGUCUCUUUUUCUCUCUCUCUCUCUCUCUCUCUCUCUCUCUCCCCGUGUCCAUAUAAAAAUGUAUUAUUCGUAUAUGACGCGAUCGCGUGAUCAUCGUUCGUCAACUUGGACGUUUACUAAAUAAUUAUUGCGGUACAGAAACUCAUCAGUACGAACAGUUGCACACUCUCUGUGUAAUCAAUAACUAAAGAUAUACAGCGAAAGUUAGUCGACUAAAAGGAUUACUAUAUAGUUAGAUUUCGUGUCGAUUUUUAUUUGACAAAACGCAUUGUUACCGACCCUACUACCCUACGGGUAAAAUGUUAAACUGUCAAAACUCAUAAACGGCCAAUCCGCUAUAUUAGCGUUGAAUCGAUAGAAAUUCGUAGACAAACACAUCUUACGUUCAUCUAAAAAUGAACGCUGGUUCAAAAUAUACGAUUCUAAACGCAGAGCGAGUAAUGUAUUUGUUUUGCAAUGGUGUUUUAUUUUUUUUUUUUCUGUGGACAAUUUUUCUACCAGCAAAUUUGCUCCGACAUUUAAUGAUAACAAUGUUAUAAAUAAAUCCUGUUCAAUUUAUUUUACUAUAAAACGCCGUGUACACAUAUCGUUGACAAAUAGCAUCGCUGUCAACCGAAUCCUGUUCAGAAUCGUUUUUUUUUCGUACGCGACGGUCCAUCGUCGCUUGCGGACGCACGUCGAACCGUCUACAACAGUGGCCGCGCCCGUCCCCGUCGUCCCGGGACGUCUCUUCUCGUUUUUUUUCCGUCCCGUAUCCUAUCGUAUACAAUCCCACGACGCCGGCGAACGCCGCGAAAUCCCGAGAGCACAGGCCGGCCGUGUUCGUCGUAACGCGGCACUUCUAGAAUAUUACGCGCCCGCGCGGCACAAACGCGACCCGGGACCGCGUCGGCCGAGACGCCGCGGAGUGGUUUUCGUCGAACGUCGCCGCGUAACGCAUUAUUUAUUAUAUUACAACCGUCGGCGGCCGCGGCGUCGGUCGCUUCGCUCGAUCGUUCCCCGGGGCGCGUUUACUUCGGCGCGGGCCGCGAAGUGCUCCGCGGAGGUAAAACUCCGUAACGAGCUAAUGACUGCAGGUGGAGACACACACAGAGAGAGAGAUAGAGAGAGAGAGAGAGAGAGAUAGAGAGUGUCGCUUCUGUAUAUACCGAUCUCGAGCGCAUUACCUACGACGACGACGAACAUCAACAGCCCCUGAAGGUAUUGCAAAGGCGACCCUUUGCACUAUACAUAUGUAUAUAUGUUUACAGUGUCGUACGCGGGGUUUUUUUUAAAAACUUUGGCCGAUUAUACGAUAACUACGCGGGCGGCGCGCUUAUAACACAAUACGGCGUUUCGUGAAAUCACGUUACGUUAUUACAUUUUUCGUCAGUGUUUUGACGUUACGGCGCAUUGUUGGCCUGUUAUCGAACCCAAAGGUGAAAAAAAUCGUCUACAAUAUUUGUUCGUCGGGGGGGAGGGUGGAGGGGGGGGUUCACGACAUUUUAAUUUUCAAACGAGUAUUACGCGAAACAUUACGGUUCGAAUAUCGUCGUAUCGCGAAAAUGACAGUACAAAACCCCGCCGUACGCAUACCACAGACGAUAUCGUUGUCUUUGGGUUUUGAUAACGGGCGAAUAACGCCCCAACGUUAAAUGCAACAGCCCGAAACGGGCGUAACGUGAAAUUCCGUGAAUCGAGCGGUUCCGCCGAUGGAACGUAACAUAAUAUACGAACGCAACACGUCCCGUUGUUGAAACACGUCCUCUAUCAUCCACGGGCGGAUUUCAUCCCCGGGGCAAGCGGUCUUUCACACUGCCCCCUCAUCUCCUUAACCCGAGUCACCCGAAACGGAUUACGUGCCGUCCGAGUCUGCGUCGCCGGGCCGCGCGAACACCGGACUGAAAACCAACCAGAAUUAUCAUAAAAUAAUCCCGGACACGCGCGCCUACACGCUGCCCGGCCCCGUACCGUCUACGGCCCCGUCGCUGUUUCUUCGCGCGCUUCUCGUGCCGAAACCUAACCGGAUAAUGCGGCCAACAGCGUCAUUUUAUCCGCACAUUAAAUUCGACCGUGUGAAUAUACUGUCCGGCGUUUGUUUGUAAACGUAGCCGCGUAGGCGGUGGCUACGCACAACACGUAAUCAAGUCUCGGUCCGCAACAAAAGGUUUAGUUUUUCUUCAUUGUUCUUUCGGAGCCGGUGUUUUUUUUUUUUUUUUUUUUUCCAUUUUUCCGCCCCUCGUUUAUUCUUUACUCGUAACGACGUAACCAGUCGUUCAAGACAAACGACCGUUUUUUUUUUCACCCCAAUUCUUUCCCCUCUCUUCGCCCCUGUGUACACACAAAACGCGCGUCGCGGUUUUCGCGUUACUUCGCGCGCGGUUCUCGUUCUCUCCGCGGCAAUCUCGGCCCCCGUUCGUCGUCGUCGUCGAGUUAAUUCACCAAAGAAAUCUAAUUACCUGUUAAAGUCGCGGUCUGUGUUUUUUUUUCCAUCCUCGCCUUCGCCCUCUUUCGUUUAGUAUAUUGUGUGUUUUUUUUUUUAACGAGUAAACAACGGCGUUUUUUUUAUUUAUUUUACCAAAUAAUUACGCAAUAAGUUGAAAAAGAGCAUUAUUUCAGAAACAAAACUGAGAAAAAAAACCGUAUAUAAAAUAUAUAAUAUUAUACUUAACAAAUAAAACGGACUUUUUUUUUUAUUAUUAUUAUUUUUAUAUUGUUUUAACAACAGAUUGUAAAAAUUUAACGAACAACUUUUUUUCUCUCUCUUUUAAUUAAUCUUUCGCGAGCUUUAUAAAAAUAUUGUAAUAAUAACACAACCAUACACUCCAAACUUAUAAAUUAUAUAAAUAUUUUCUUAAAAACAUUUUCCUUUUUUUCUCUAACCUUUCAUAAACGUACAUUAAAUAUUACAUGAUUUAUUUUCUCGUUUAUUUUACACUGUACAUGUUAUAACAACUAUAUACGACGACGUGAUGAUAAUAAUGUACUAAAAAAUGUUUCGAUUAUAAUAAUAUUUAUCGAAUUCUAUGUAAAAAUUCGAACAAAAAUAUUUUCGAAGUAUACUUAAUAAAAAUGUUUACGCGUCGUGUAUUUUCGUCAUCUUAUCCGUCUUAUGGAAACGCGUAGCAUUGUUAUAUUUGGACCUAAUUUUUUGUGCGAGAUGUUAAAAUUGCGAAUCUGCAGGUGACAAGUAUUUUGGUGUCAAAAACCUAUAAAACCCCCGAACACAACCCCCUAUGAAUACACCUAUUUAAUCAAUGUAUAUUUCAAAGGGGUAACCGAGAGGUCUUACCUCUCCCCACCCGGCAGAAAAUCGCGUGACGUUACUAUACGUAAACUGCAUGCGAUGUGAUGAGUUUAAUGAGUAUUGUGGGCCGUUUACGAAUCGUUUAUCGUCGACAAUAAAACGAAUAAAACAUAUAGCCAAUAAAUAGAUAACCGUGUAUUUCAAUGAGCUAAAAAAUGAUAAAAAAAAUCACCACAGAGCGUAGGUGUUUUCGUAAUCCCCCCCCCCAGGGUGUACAAAACCUCACGGCUGGGCGAGUUAAUGAUUUUUUUUUUUUCAACUCGGUUAGAUAAAAUUAAUUCGAAAUAACCUAUCCAUUCAACCAAGGUUAGAAUUCGAUCAAAAAUUAACUCUACAGUUUGUUGAAAGUCAAUUCAUAAUUGUGUUCCUCGAGUUAACAAUCAAGUCAAUGGUCCGAACAAAAGUGAUAUAUCAAGUCAAAAAGUCCAAUCGACUCGACUUUGAUUUGAUCAACUCGUCCAAUGCCCAGCCUUGAAAAUCCCUAUAUCCGGCGUACCCCCGCGAGAAUUCCCGACCCCCACCCCCUCCCACCGCGGGAUGAAGGGCCCGCAACGAGGCGCCGCGUUCAAUCGAGCCGGGCGCGGCGCCCGCACGUCCGUAAAAACCGCCGAAUCCGGGCGCCCGUCCCGCGCACUGCGAUAAUAACACGUCGCACCGGCGAACAAUCGCGGACGUUUCACAAUAUUGCGCGCUGUAUAAAUAGAAUAUUACGCGCCCGUUAUGACGUCGGGAAUUCAGAACGUUGUACAAACACCCCGUACGAACGCGUGUAACAUAAUGUAAGAGCCGACGGGCCGCAGCGGGGUCGGGUCGCGGGCUGUCAUUCGUCCGUCCCCGCGGCGGCGGCGGCGGCACUCGAUUAUAUAAUGUGCGCCGCGGGGCGACGGGGCGGCGGCGGGCACGGCGACGGAAGGCCGUUUGGAUUGCGAACGACGAAUAUUUCGGAAUUCGCAGCUCCCUGCGUGUGUGCGUGUGUCUCUCUCUCUCUCUCUCACUCUCUCUCUCUCUCUCUCUCACUCACUCUCUCUCUCCGACGGUAAUAAUAAUAAUAAUAAUAAUAAUGAUAAUAAUAAUGCUUUUGAACACGGUCAAGUAAAUCCCGGGCACUACGGGCGCGCGCGCAUAACUUUGUUGUUUGGCGAAAACCCCGGGGGACGCGGUGCGCGAAACUUCAUAAUGCACGCGCACACGCGCGCACAUAAUUAAACCGACGACGUAAAUAUGUACACGCGAUACGGGAGGACACUGUUGUACGGGCCGUGCGCGACAUUGGCGGCGGCGGCGAUCCGGCGGCGUCGGCACGGUAUUACACGAUUACGCACGUCUAUACGCAUAACAACGUACGCAACGUCUUUGGAGAAACGUUUUCGUAUAGCAGACCGUAGCCCCGGGGGCGUUUGACGUUCGGCGGAUUAAUUUUCGAACGGACCCGCCGCGCGACCGACAAGACCCCGGGUCCCCCGCUCCCCGCUAUGAACGUCGUCGUCGGCGUAUUGUUAUUACAUUAAAAGGUAAUCCGAAUUCGAAAUGCGUUUGUCGUAUGCACGCGCGACGUUAUAAUACACCAUGCCGAACGGUUAUUGUUGUAUCGCUGUUUUUGUCGUCGUCGUUACGGACGUUUCGGGAAUCGAUUUCGGCCGUUUAGGCGGCGGCGGAUCGUAUCUGCGGGCGGGCGCGCGUGCACGGCGGAACAACGGCCGUUUAGAGACGGAACCGAACGAAUCGGUUGUUUUUCUUCUCCCGUCGCGCACGAUAAAGAAUAAUCGAACGGACCCCGGCCGGGUACCCUCAUCGGAAAUAUUAUUACGAAAACUGCGACGACGCCGUACGGCGGGCCCCGUCGCAAACACCGUUAUCGGCUAUUACGGCCCGCGUUUCCAUAGCGCGCGCGACAUUUACCGUAAUAAAUGUACGCGCGCUAAUAUCCGUCUACGGUGCCGGGGCGGUUCGCGCCGUCCGCGGUUCCACCGGAGACGGAAAACUUGCCGUGCGUGUCGUUUCGAUGGAAAAUAUCGCGUCUUUUAUCGCGACACGUAUCGCACUGCGCCUAUGCGCCGACGGACGUACGGCGUCACCGUGUACCGGCUGCGCGUAAUCCGGUAACGGGGAGGGGAGGGGGGACGACUUUUGCCCCGGUCCGACUUUUAUAGCGUUUUCGGUUCGAGCUGCCGGACUGUCGAAAACCGUGUCCUUUUUCGACUCGUAUGCCUGUAAAAACCGUGACCAGUUUUUUUUAAUCCGACCUCUUUAUCCGAUGGACCGAUGGUGUAUGCAGUAGCGGUAUGAGGGCGGGUAGGGUGGGUGCGACUCCGAUUUCGGACUACGAAUUUUUAUAUUAAACUUACACUUUGUGGGCGAUUAAAACACGGGUACAUUCAUAAGAUACCGCCCGUCCGAUAUCUAUCCUAAACACGGUUACAGUUAUAACCAUCGUAUUUGCGAGAAGAAUAACAUUUUUAUAAAAUGUCUACGAGUAUCGUCACGGUCUGCGAGCGUUACACAAUUUUAACAGCCCCGAAGUUUAAGCUCGCCAAUCGCGCCAAUGCAGUUUUCGUUCGUAUCGAUAAUCCGCAGUGUAAUUUUAUUUUAUUAUAUUUUUUUUUCCGAAGAAAUCGUUUUCGGUACAUAUAACACAUUUCCCCGCCAGUCGGCGAUAUUAUAUAGUAACUUUACCCUCCCCCCCAUGCAGUAGUCUGCCAAAUAUUUAAAUGACGUUACCGGAAAAGACUAUAUAAUAGGAUUGAAAAAAAAACCUACUUUUACGCAUUUAAAAGGCACCGUUGUCUGCACUUGCCGGUGGUAAAAAAAAAAAGAACGCGUUAAUUUAAUUUCUUUUUUAUCUUAAAUCAACGGACCCGGCGUCUAAAGCAUCAGCUAUUCAUAUAAUAAUUAUGCAUAAUUUUGCAGUCCCUCCCGUCGGAUUUUCUGAAACGGACGCGCGGAUGUCCUCGGCGAUUGUUGUUGUUUUUCGAUCGGCUGCUCAACAAAACCCGCGGUCCUAUACAACAGAUGAUAAUAAUACUAUGCAAAUACAUUAUUAUGGUAAUUGUAUAUAAUGAAAUCGAAAAACAAUACCGAGUUUAUUGUUGUUUUUCUAAUAAUACUCGCUCCGGCGUAAGCGCCCCCCCUCCCCCAAUCCUCGAGAAACCGUCGCUGCCAAUCGAACUCGUUACCGCGGGAAUAGUAAUAAUAACGAUGACGAUUUAUGUUAUUUUAUAACAAUAACUUUUCGGGCGGACGGUUUUCCGAGACGAAAACGCAAACAAGCGGCCAAAAGAUCAACAUCACUGCGAAGAGGGGAGGAGAGACGAGGGGGACCGUAACCGUUUGACUGUACUCGUACGUUGCCGUCGUAUAUUAAAAAUUGAAAUGACGUAAUCAACGCAAAAACCAGGAGACAAUAGGCAAACGCGGGGUGGCAGCAGAGUUAUUUUCUUCUCAAACUAAUUAUUAUUUCAUGCUCGUAUAAUGUGCGUUGAAAAACCGAGACAGUGGAGCCGGUUGAUGCUCUUGGAUUUCUCGAAUAUGUAUUUUGGUAAAACUGACGGCACUGCAAUGUUGACGCCGAGUUAAAAAUAAUAAUAAAAGCGUUCGACAAUUUCCGACACUUAACCGACAGAUCGAGUACAGGUAAUACUACCUAAUAGGGAUGUAAAAAUUCGGUGGAUCAUUUUCUCUGCCUCCAUCAAGUCUCGAAGAUUAUUAUUUAUUUUAACGAAUUUUAAAUUUAAAAAAAAAAAAAAAAAAAAAUCCAUUCGGUCAAAAUUUAACGUUGCGUAUAAAUGUUUGUGUUUUUCGAUUGUAUUUUAUAUUCCCCCCCCCCCCCCUUACCAUUAUUAAAAAAAUGUCAAAACAUAAAACCUCUCAGAAGGACGAAUCGAAAUAAAAGAACAAUCGCCGAUGUUGGCCAUCGUAACGAAUCCUUUGCAACUCGUGUAACCUUCGGUGAGAAAAUAAAAGCACACUUCAUAGUAAUUGUAGUAAAAUAUUGAUUCUAUCAGCCCAAAGGUUGUUGUCAGCAAUCCUAUACAUUCUUCAAGUUUAUCCACUUUUAUUUUCAACUCAUAGUACAUUCCAUAAACUGAAUCCUUAACUACUUGACCCGUGUAUUCGAACGGUGGUCUUGUUUUUCAGUACGUCCAAUUAUCGUUUAUCUAUUUCAAUCUGCAGGUCUUUCUUUUUGUCCCUGUUCUACCGAAGACCUACCCCACUUUUAUUAACAAUAAUUUCCUGCAGAAUUCGAUGUCGACUAAAAAGGAGGGCGGGAAAUGCAAAGUAUAGGCAUCUGCGGGACUUUGUUGAGGAUUCGCGUGGACUCGCGUCCCUCGGGUACCUAUCGUACGGUUUUACACGCACUCGAGUCGGAUGUUGACCUGAACGUAUGAAAUAGCCGAACAGGGUAUAAAAAGAGAAAUUGUAUACAAUUGGGCAAUUUUAGACGUACGCCAACUGAUUUCGAACAAAGUAUUCAUGUAGCUUCCGCGGUCGUGUGACCGUUAAUUUCAACCGCGCAAUGCAGAUUUCGUCUCAAUCGGUCAAUGGUGGGAACUCACGGAGAAUUUAAGAUGGCCUUAUGAUGUCGGAAAUCGGAAAAUGUCUUGAUUAGACUUUCGGUUUCCCGGUAACUGUAUGUACACCUAUCCUAUGGCCAACAGUAUUGGAAAAAAUACUCCAAUUUUCCUCCGUCAAUUGUCGGUCAUGUCGCUAUCUUUCGCGUCAGGUACCUAUUGUGUCACGAUCGCGCGUAUAAUGUCGCGGGCGACUGGUAUGCUUCGGACAGCCUCGGCGCAAUUUUCUCAGGGCGCGGUUCGGGGAUAAGGGGUCCGGCGUGUGAAAAGAAAAAAAAAAUGUAAUUUCGCGGGGCGACCGCGGGUACGCGCGCCUCGAGUCCGUCACGUGUUUACGCGUACUUUACACACGUACGACGCGCGCACGCGCGAAAACACGACGGAUUACAGCCCGCUAAUUAAAACAUUUUUGAACCUUUAACGACACCGGCGGCGGCGGCGGCACGCAUUUCCUUUGUACGCAGCAGGUAUACGUAUACGUAUAUAUAUAUAUACGUACUUACAUCCUACGCUCACCGUACUCAAAUACACACACACACACACACACACACACACACACAUAUAUAUAUAUACGUGUAUACAGAUAGGUAUAUACAAUGUAUACACGCACUUGUUAUUAUUAUUACUAUCCGCGCCGGCUAAAACUCGACUCGGGUUUUAUCUAAUAAACUAAUAAUCCGCCUCCGCCGCCGCGGCUGCAGAACCCUCCGCGAGCCGUCGUAAAGUUACGUCACUUUCAAAAACCUUUAGCCCCGCGGUGCGGCGGAUUUCGGCGGACGGGCGGGCGGCGUAUUAUAUAGUUUUAAUUAAUUAUUAUACGACAACGGGUCGCCCCCGACCCCCGGAAGCGCGCGUACAAACGGCGGCGGCGGCGGCGGCGGGUAAUAGGUAUACGGUUGCGCCGCACAGUCGCUCUUCUGCUCGCGCGGAUACACCGCCGCCGUGCACAGGAACACACGCCGAGCGUAUAUAGUAAAUACGAACGUUACACAAUGUUAUUAUAAUUAUAUACACGUGUGGAUAUUAUUUUAUACGGGGCGGGCGCCCGCGGCGCUAAUGAAGUGUUUUGUUACCGUUCCGAAACGGCGGACGUAAUUUAAUUUGAGUUUUUGGACGUGAGAGAUUCCGACCGCGCGUACGCACAAUAAUACACCUGCCUCCUCUAAUAAUAUGAUAUCAACGACGCCGCCGCCGCCGCCGCCGUUCAAGUGUCGUGUGCCGCCGUCGCCGCGACAAUUAACCGGCUAACGCCGUUCGCCCACUUUACCCCGUAAGAUAUCUUUUGCGAACAACAGUGUAACAAACGGUUACGCGGCACGGUUGCACCGGCAGCGUUGUCCGUUUCCGCGGAGCCCGCCGUCCCAAUCGCUGGCGUGUGGGUCAAUCUCGAAAAAUAAUUUUUUCCGCGUUCGUAUCGGCGACGAACGCGGAGGGGCCGCGAAUACGGACGAUGGUGCGCUCGGCCGGCGUUUCGAUGAAUCGGACGAUGCGGUACGCAAUUGCGACAACCGCGAAUCGAGUGGCGGCUGCCGUUUUUUUUAACCGUGUCGCCAACAAGUAUCGCGUAAGUAAAAAAAAUUCAAUUUUCGUGCCCAAAGUACCGAAAACCAGGUGUCGGCCGCCCUUCGAGUAUGGAAUUUCGGAAAUCCGGUAUCGAGGCGCACGUCGAGGAUCCGUUCCGUCCGCUACUUUGUACAUGUAUUCAGACCUCUGCCUGCAACGAAUUCGGCUCGAAUACACCGCGCGCGCACAAAUAGACCGGCAAUUAUUUUUACUAAAAAUCACGAUCAUACAAAAUGUAUAACUUUGUCCCGCUAUUUGUGUACACUUUCAGUAGUAGUUCCGUCUGCACCAAAUGAUAUCAAACCAAGAAAUUAUUGCCGUCGAAUAGGCGGAUUGAUUAGUGAUGGAAAAGUUUAAUUGAAUUUCAACACGAAUUUCACAAAUUUCUCGUUAUUUGCGAAAGAAGAAAUAGUGUUUUUUUUUUUUUUAGCUUUGAACGUCCCUAUACACAGAGCCCCUAAAUAAGGCAAAAGGGAUGGCAUUUUGUAUGUUCGAAUUUCACCGUUUUUUUUUUUUUCCCCGAAAAUGGUAUAUUAUAUUCUAUUCAGUGGUGUAUUGUUUUCAAAACGAAUAUUUGUAUAAUAUUUUUCUUCUCUUCCGAUGUUUUCAAAGUACGGGUUUUUUUCCUUUACGACGUUACGGACUUGUCGCGUGGAAUUUUCGCAGUGCAAUCAAUGACGUCUUAAACGGCAGACCACAUAAUAAUAUGAUAAUACCGCAGUAUCGAUCGCGGUCGAACGGAGACCGGGGGCCCGGCCGUUUUAAGCUAAUUAAAAACGUCUCCCCGAGAACAUAAUAACGACGACAGCCGUCGUCUUUUACGACCGAGGAGGCCGCGUCGUCGGAUUAAUACGACAAUUUCACUCCCGCACAGAAGACGGCGGAGUCGAUGGCGCCCCCGACACCUCUUGUCGCCGAGCCGCAAUAAUAAUAAUAAUAACAAUUAAUAUUGUAAUUAUAAACUUGACAAAUCGGGUCCGAACGAGAGUAGUCGCGCAACAGCGACGGCGUUUCGAACCGAACAAAAACGUGUACUCGUACGCUAUUUCGUUUUCGCGUUCGCUGUGAUGCGGUGUUUUCGCGACGCGGUGUAUCGAGUAGCGGCAUUACAGUGCCGUUGUUUAAUGUAAUUUAUCAAACCGAAUAAUAACACGAUAAUAGCGUAUGAUUCGACGCGAUAAAACGCAGACAGCAUCGCCGCCGCCGCCAUCGCCGCCCCGCGGUCAAAGCCGCCGCGGUUUGAUUGAUUCGACCGGGACGCGCCGUUUGGAUUUAUGAAAAAGAAUAAAAAAAAAAAAUAAUAAUAAUAAUAAUGAAAAUGAAAAAAUUCACUCAAUAACACGCGCCGCGACCGCCGCUGCCGCCACCGCCGCCACCGCAGGGUUAAGUGAAAAAUGACCGUCGGAUUUUGCCGCGUGACAACCGCCGUCCGGUGCGUGCAUAAAUCAUCAGCGAUACGUCGUCGUCCGUCGUCGUGUCACGUGCCCGAAACGAGGGGUUUUGUUCGAAAUUUCGAAUACACCCGUUACGCGUUACACCGGCCGCGCGGAUUUUAAAUUAAAGUCCCGGGAAACUCGGACGAAACCGCAAAAUCGUGAUAACACGCGUUAUAAACCAAUCGAACCAAAAUAAAAAUAAAAAUAUACACCGUAAACUUUACCGUUUUUCCCGGAUUUUCUCAAUUAUUUGGAAAAUCGAAAAAAAAAUAGCAGGUGAUAGGACUCUAGGUGCACGGGAUAAGAGAGGCACCAACUAGACAAUAUUUUCUACUAGAAACCAUCACUAACAUUGUUUAUUGGAACAAGAUUACUGUAGAAAGGUUCUUUGCAGACAGAAAAUAAUACACACAUCCUAUCGCAAAAUCCGUGAAUUCUUUGCUUAACAAUUUGCCGAAAAUGUAAUAAAAUAAUCAAACAAAUGUUAAAAAGGGUAAAAAUAGAGGGUGUCCUACAAUUUUAUCCAUAUGCUAAUAUUAUUCUGUCAAUAUCAAUUUUUUGUUUCAAUCGGGUUUUAUGUCAGGGGGAUAAAAAUGUAGACAAAAUUAAAUUUUUAUAUUCAUCCCUUAAUCGCAAAAAAUAAAAACAACUUUAUUUUUUCACUUUUUAAAAUUUUUAAAAUAGCCAAUUCGUAAAAUAUAUUAUUCCACAAAAAACUGUUAUUACUAAGAAACUAAUAAUCGGAUAUUAACGAUAUGGUACAUUAAAAUCUUUAGAAUAAUAUAUUUAACAAAUUAGCUGUUUUGAAAAUUCUAUUCUAAAAAGUUAAAAAGUAAUGAGUUUUUUUUAUUUUUCAACGAUUAAGGAAAAUGUAAUUUUUCUCUACUUAUGUUCGGCCUUGACACAAUCCUCGACUGAAAUAAAAAAAAUUUAGCAUUAACAGAGUAUUAUUAGCAUACGGAUAACACCGAAAGACAUUCUGUAUAUUUUAGAACAGGAUCUAAACUAAUAGCUUUCGUAUUCGUUUAACUACUAUCUUGCGGGUUACGACUUGUAAACGAUUCUCGUCGGUCGACAAAAAAAAAAACUCUACGAUAAAAGUCGAAAUUAUUUACUUUCCGUGUCAAUUAACGACCGCGCGUAUAACAAUAUAAUAAUAUCAAAUUUGUUUACAUUAAAAAAAAUAAUAAAACCGGUAAAUUAUACACGUCCUAUAAGUUUAUAUGUAUUUAAGUGUGCAAUUCGAGCGAACUAAAAUCCGUCCAGGAAAUUGAUUUUCAACGUAAAUAUUUGUUAACAAAUAUUAUAUUUCUAUACUUAAGUUUUAUUUUUAGAUUCUGAGUGUAGCGAAGAAGCUUAUGGUUUUACAAAGAUGUCUUUUUUUUUUUUAUCUAUAGACAACUUUUCUAUCAGAAUACUUGCUCCGAUUUUUACGUAUAGCACGUUUUCUGAAAAAAAAUCGGUGUGAGAAGGUACCAUAGGGAUAGAAAGUCGAUUUUCUUAAGAGUUUUCUCAUCAAAUGCGGAAAACUGAAAAAAAAACUGAUGAAAAAAGGGAAAAUGUAAGGAAUAUAUUUGUACAUUAUUAUGAUUUGUUUUUCUGUAGGCAACUUUUCUACCAGCAAUUUUGCUUCAACUUUUAAUGAUAGAAAUUUUUCUAAAAAGAAAAUUCACUGGACAGGUACUUAAGAGAGGUUGUUUUUCGAUUUUCUUAGUAAAUGUGAAAAACUGGGAAAAACAUGGGAAAGCCGAGAAAAAAAUAGGAAAACCGGGAAAUCGAUGCAACAUUAAACACAUAAUAUUAAAGAUAAUCUAUAGAGCCUAUUUAAUUAUUUUACUAUAAUAUGGCAUAUAUAUAUAUAUACAUUUGAUAAAGCAUCACUAUCAACUGAACUCCGUUCAGAAUUGUUUUUUCAUAAGCAAUGGUUUAUCGUUGCUUACAGUCUACAGAUAUAUAUUAAAUUAUCUAUAACAAUGGCUGCACCCGUCCCCAUUAUCCUAGGACGUCUUUUUUAUAUUGAAUUGUUAUUACUUUAUUAUUUAAAAAGUAUGUUGCUACGAACAUAUAGUAAAGUUUUAAUAAAAUGAUAAUGUUAUUUUUUCGAUUGUACUAUUUAAUUAAAUUGUUAAAAUAAAAAAUAAUAAAAAUGACAUUCAAUGUGUAUUUAAGAAGUAUUGUUUGUUCAAAGCUAUUUGAGUUAAUUCGUUUGAAACAAACAACUUGAAAAAUAUAUAUAUUAGGUAUACAAGACGUGUAAAUAAUAAUAUUUCCCGGACGAAACCUCCUUUUGUUUUUUUCCCCGAAUUCUGCAUCGAGUUUAACAUUCGUUAGACGUCGUCGUCGUCGUUGUCGUGACACAAAUCGCAGCUAUUAAAAAAAAUAAAAACACACCGGAGUACAACCCCCUAAUUUGUCACAGUUAUCGCACAUCGUAUUUUUCGUAAUAAGAAAAAAAAAUGUAUAUUAUUAUAAUAAUUCCCCUACUCCAUUACGACAAAGUUUUUUUUUCGCAUCCCCUUCACAAUAUACUAUACUAUAUUAUAUUAUGUUUUGCGUUUUGAUAUUCCGAACGGAGUUUUUAUCUUGCCCGGCAACAACAGGUCUUCCGGCUGAAUACUAAAUAAGGACACUUAAACGCAUUAAAGUUGUCUUUCGAAAGAAAUUCCAUAUUUUUGUGCCCCCUCGCCGUAUACACGAGAAAAGAAAAUGUUAUUUGAUAUUGUUCUUAAUGUUCCACGUCAAACUCGGCAUACCAAAUGUCUUUUGGUCUUUAGUAAAGCAAAAAAAAAAAACCCCCCGAGAAAAAAGGACGCUGGGAUUUUUUUGAUCCGAUCAUAAAAUAAAAAUAAAAAACAAAAAACUCCGACCGCCUGACGAUAUAUACGUAUAUAAAUGACUAUAAAAGAAACGGAGAAAAAACUUUACGUCUAGGGUCUAAAGGGAGGGGGUUAGAAGAGAAGAAAGCAACUAUGACGUGUCUGAGUAAACUUUAUAGCGACCACAGUAACGGCUAUAUAAUAAUAUUAUUCGUUAUAUGGCAUUUUAAAUCCCUUAAAAGUCAUAAACCAUGUGAUUCGGACGUGGCUGUUUCCGAGUAUUAUCAAAAUAUUUACGAUACUAUAUUCAUAUUGUAUAAAAAAAUAAAGACGGACAUGCUUCGCACAUGGGUGGGAAAUUCACUGUUGGGAAAAUCAAAAUAUGUCCUCCCUAAAGUACCACCUUAGUCAGAUUUCCGUUUAGAAAAAGUGUUAUUAUUGUUAAUCGGAGCGAAAUUGUUGGUAGAAAAGUUGUUCACAGUUAAAAUAAAAAAAAAAAAUAAAAAAAAUAAACAUCAUUGUAAAACCAAUACAUUUCUCGGUCCACUCGGAAUCUAAAAUCGGAAACUUAAAAGUUAUGUUAUUUUUCUUUUAUCAGUUUCGAUAGAAAAAAACCCGAUUCUGUUUGGUUUUUACAAUCCAUAAAGACCUGUUAGUUGUCUGUACCACCCCAAAUAGGAAUUUCGAUUGAAACAAUUUUCUCAGUGCGUAAUAUCCAUUAUUUUUUGAAGAUGUGAUUCAUAAUUUUAUUUCAUUAUAUAUAUUUGUAUAAUGUUGUUAAUUACAUUAUGAUUCAUGAUUGUCAUUAUUGUGUAUAAUAAACAAUAUGUUGUUAAAAAUUAUAAUUUACGUAUUCAUAAUUUUUACUUUAAUUAUCAGUUUUGUUUUUUUUUUGUAACAGAUAAAAUGACAAUGGACGUCAAAGCCAGCCAAGUAGCGGCCAGUACAGCUACGAAAUCGAGCGGGAACGUCGGUGCAUCCGCCUCAACCGGAGGUCAAGAAUGCGCUGGAUGCGGAAAACACAUAACCGAUAGGUAAGAUAAGAUAAGACAAUACAUACCAAAAUCGCGUAUUCGAAAUUUUAAAAAAUUCAUACCUAUGCAUUCGUGUGUCCUAUGUGUAUGAGAUGUGAUAAAAACGUAACGAAACAUUUUAUAUUUCUACACCAAUCUUAUUUUUUCUUACACAACUAUUUUAACUUCUUCGAAGUAAUCUCUUCGGGAUGGCAUCAACGUAGGCGUUUUUUUCCCAAUUGUUUUAGCCGUGAUGGAACGAUUCGCCUAGCCUUCAAUAAUAGCACCAAAAUUACAUCUUUUCAAGCCGGUUUUGAUCACGGGGAAUAAACAAAAAAUCGCACAGGCCGAGGUCGUGAGUGAAUAGCGUAGCUGGGAACUGCGAAGAUCCAUUUUUUCGUCGAAAAUUGGUCGACGGAAAAAGCCGCGAUCGAGCGCAUUCUCGGUAUGGAGAAUCGUUCGUCUUCCCCGAGUUUCCCGACGGUCCAUAAAUGAUUUUUGUCGCCGAAAAACUUGUACGCUUAAUAACGCAUUACGUUUGUUCUAACAUUCCGUGGGCCUGACUCGCAGACAUACCAAAUAUAAUACGAGACAUUUGAUAGUAUUUCGUAUCUUUAAAUUUCACUGUUAGAUUUUCGUAACGAAAUACAAAAAAAGACCAAACUUUACUAGACGAUUAUUCGUAUACCGCGCGAUAUCGUACAGCGGAGUUUUUUUUUUUUUUUCGGAAAAACUAACAAAACAUUCCGUUUAUAUCUGUUGCGGUGCCGGAUAGGUUUUUGCUGAAGGCGUUGGAUUUGUUUUGGCACGAGGACUGUUUGAUGUGCGGCUGCUGCGGCUGUCGACUGGGCGAAGUCGGGUCCACGCUCUACACCAAGGCGAACAUGAUCCUGUGCAAAAAGGACUAUUUCAGGUAUUCAAUUGCGAACACGUCGUACACCGUACGAUGCUAUUACUGAUUGACAGGUUUUACAGGAUGUUCGGCAAUAAGGGCAUGUGCGCCGCGUGCUUCAAAGACAUACCGGCAUUCGAGAUGGUCAUGCGAGCACGGAGCAACGUGUAUCACUUGGAGUGUUUCGCGUGCCAACAGUGCAAUCACAGGUACGUAUCGUGACGUGACGCGUCAUAAUGAUAAUAAUAAUAAUAAUAUAAUCUAUACGCCCGUCUGGAGUAAAUACUUAUAUACGGGCGACGGGGGGAUCGGGACGAGGAGAGGUCGGAACGUCCCUUUCCCGCUAUAUAUAUAUAUGUAUACAGUAUAAGUAUACAUACAUAUAGUUAUAUAUAUAUACACAAGUAUCUGCCCGUCAAGAAGGGAAAACACCCGGCCAAGUGAUGUCUAAUCUGUUGCGAUUAGUUAUCCUAACAACCCUCGCCCGCAUGAUUAAACGUUCUGACCCGCACGCGACGGGGUCGCAAAUAAAUUCGCAUUAAAUGCCGCGUACAGAUAAUUAACGACGAGGAACAAUUAUACCGCGGCGUUCGAUGAAAUUCGAGAAUAGUUUGCGGGCAUACAACAGAGUGCGUAACGCGGCCUGCCACAUAAAGCUCUUGCGCAUUAUUGCACACGCGCUGACGCGACACUGCGCAGUUGUGCACACGACCGUAACGUAAUAUCGCGGGGAUGGGGGGGGGGAUCUUGGGCACACUUACUAUAUCCGGAUCAGUAUAUGAUUUCUAAACAAGCGCGAACCGUUUCGGUGUCUGCCAAUGUGUAUACCAAUGGGUGUCCCACGAGGAGAUAUCAUGACAAUAAUAACUGUCGCCCCGUUCGGUAUUGGAUUCAAAGCCGAUCGACGAAUGUAUUGGUUUUACAAUGGUGUGUAUCGUUGUCUUUUCCGGUGAACAAUUUUUCUAUCGGAAAAUUCGCUCCCAUUUUCGAGCGUAGCACUUUUUCUGUAAAGAAAACCUGACUAGAGUGGUACUUUAGGACGGUCAUUUUUUGAUUUUCCCAGCUGUUUAUAAUAAUAAAUGAGAUAAACCAUAUGAAAAACGGGAAAGUCUACGAAACGAAUUGUUUUCAAAUCGUAAAUAUUUAUAUAAAUAAAUAAAUAAAUGCGUCGCCUUUCCAAACAUGUACAACCAAACUCCGCUCAUAAUCGUUUUCUCGUUAUAACAACAGUUGCGUACAGAUAUACAUUAAAUUUCUCCCCUAACUUCUCGACUUCUCGCCUACUACUAUAGUCCGUCAAUCGUGCGAAUAAGUAUUUGCGUAAUCUUUUUACUUUUAUUUUUUUUUUUUAAACCAAAAAUACAAAAUUUGUUUUUAAAAAGACGUCCUAGGACAACGAGGACGGGUGCAGCCACUGUUGUAGAUAAUUUAAUGUAUAACUGCAACCAACGAUAAACCAUUGCUAAGAAAAAAAACGAUUCUGAACAGAAUUCAGUUGAUAGUGAAGCUUUGUCAACAAUAUAUAUAUAUAUAUAUAUCAUUUUAUAAUAAAAUAAUUAAAUAGGCUUUAUAUAUUUUCUUAAAAUUAUACUUUACUAUUAAACCGAUUUUCGCAGUUUUUCUACGUUUUUCCCGGUUUUACCGUGUUUAAUCGCGGUUUUUCACAUUCGCCCGAAGAACUCUGGGGAAAUUCAAAAAAUGACCUCUCCAAAGUACCCUCCCAGUGAAAUUUCCUUUUAAGAAACGUCGCUGUCAUCACGAGUCGGCGCGAAAUCGCCGGUAGAAAAUUUGUCCACAGAAAAAAUAAAUAAAUAAAUAAACGCUCCGCUCCGCUCAAAAUCUAAAAUCCAACACCACGGUAAAUAACACGUAGUUAAUUUUCAAACAAAACGUGCGGGAACCGUUCAUGACGUUAACGCGCACCAAUAUACUGUUGUGUACGACUUUGUAUCCGCCGCGUACGGUGUUUAUCGGGAAUUCCGGAAUAUCGCGUAUGCAAUUGUUACCCGCGAUAUUAUGUUAAAAACGUUCGGCGGCUUAUCGCCGGCCGCACACACUGACGCGUAUUAUAAACAAAACGCGCCGGGGAGGGGGGGGACGCGAUAUUAUUUAUCUCCGCCGCGUACACGCGAACGCGGCGCGGCGGCGGCCAGUAACGGUAAUACCGUACCGACACGGCGCGCCGCGGUAACAUGUGCGUGGCUAAUUGACAUGUGACAUAUUAUUAUUAUUAUUAUAAUACGUCCGAUACGUACGACAACGGGGCGCGCGCGCUGCUCCCGUCCGCAUAUUAUAAUACUCGUAAUAAUAAUAACAACGCCGUAUUAUAUCGCGUAUAAUCGCGUACAGUAAUAAUAUAAUAAUAUAUACUCAUAUAUAUAUAUGUAUAUAUCGUAAUAUGACUGCGACGGCCGGCCGCGGCAAUUAUGAGAAAACAAUAACUCAUAUAUAUAUAUGUUAUACGUAUGUAUAUAUAUAUAUAUAUGUAUCUCCCUCAACAAUAUUCCACUCCACGUAACGCCUAAAUGGGUAACGGCGGCGGCGCAAUAUUGUAAUUCGCAUUGCCCGGCAUUGUCACGGCGACGGCGGCGGUGGCCGUAGCGGCUCUUUAUUCCCUUUCACUCCAAUUAAUUAAUACACACACACGCGCGCGCGCGCUCGCUCGCUCGUUCCCCGGAUGCGAGUGCGAAAGGGGCCGGGGGAGGGGGUGGGGGUGCAGUGCAGGACUUGGCGUUCGUCGUAAGCGCACUGCCCGCGGAUUAAUUAAAUUUCAUCCCCAGAUUCGGUAAACCCUGUGUAAACGAUUCCUUUUAUUCAGCCGCGCCGUGCGGGCAUUCCAUCAACGUCCCACCUCCCUCCAUACACCCUCCUCCCCGUCCGCUCGACAAAAUAUUUCGCCUCUUCUCUCCCGGCCACUAUAUACGUGUGUAUAUAUACAGUCUAUACCUUGUCACGUCGGAUAUUAUAUUUCAAAACGACGAUACACUGCUGCGCAGCCACUACCCCGUCGCAUCGCCGCAAACUACCCCUUUUCGACGAUAAAAAAAAAAAAAUGCACUGCGAAAACACUGGAAAUUAACAACCCUCGUUGCUGCGCGCGGAGGAACGGUCUAGUCGCACGGCGGCAAUAAUACGGCGACACAUUUGGUUCUUUACGCGGCCCGUAAAUCAAUCACAUAACCGUUCAUAAUAUUUGUCAGUUUUCCGCUCGCUAGUGUCAAGUUCGACAAGUUGUGGGCCGGUGUCUGAAAAAAGACACGACUAUAGGAGACGAUGAGACAGAGUCUACUGGCAUUUACGUUUGUAUUUAAUAUAAUUGGAAACAUAUGAUUACAUUCAAAAUUCGAUAAUCAGAAGAAAAAGGUCACAAAUGAAAAUUGAGGCAAGCCUGACCAUACCCAGUCCGGCCCGGCGGUCAAUCGCUGCCAAAGACAUCUAUUAUGCAUUUGUUGUUUGCCAUUUACAACGACUAUCACCAGUACGUAAAAAUCCGUAUAAACGCAAAAGGCAUUGGCAAUGAAAAUAAUUGUAGCUUCGGCAAACGGACAAUUGUAAUAAAGCGAAGAAACGAAUGGAAAACAAAAUUCGAACGCGAACAAAACAACGGUUUGGUUUCCGAUAAAGAUUUGGGCAAUUCGUUUUGACCGGCGACUGUGACCAACCGCUGCGGCGCACUUCGAACGCAUUUUCGAAUUCGUCAGUCGUUAAAAAAAAAAAAAACCUGACGCUCGUCUAGACACGCGGCCAAUCACGGGCGACAGCGAACAGACGGCCAUGAACGGUCGCCGGCAUCACUACACCUAACAGACAUUCCGGUUUCAACGGCGUCUGGUUCGCCACCGCCGGGCGUUUUUUCGAAAACGGCCGGGUUGCGUUGGCGAAACAGACUGUUUUUCGAGGCGAUUGGGAAAAAAAAAACGCCGAUUGACGGACGGGCGGUGGGGUAUGUAUAUUACGGCGAACGGACGCCGGUAUGGUCACAAACGUGACGCGGGCGCGAACCCCCGGGAGAAAACAACGUGAGUUCACGACGAUAAAAAGCCGGAGACUUUUCCAUACCGCGUGUCGAUAUCGGCGAAUCGUUAAAAUAACAAUUGGUCUGUUUUCGUAAAACCGUUUGAUUUAUCGCGAGCAGAUUGUAAUGAAAAAAAACGGGGUAAACAGCCGCGGACAAUACGGUCCGGUGAAAAACGGCGCGCGCGCGUGACUCCCCCCUCCUCCUCCCCCUCCCCGGCGAUCUUUAUUGCCGACAAGUCCGGUACCUAUCGCGCGCGUACGUACUACGGACACCGCGGAGUAUAUUAUACAGGGCGUGUGAGCCGGAGGCGGUAAGUUUCCCAACGUAUACGAAAAACAAACUUUAUCCCCGCGCGUUAUCGCCGUAAAUAACGACGCGCCUUAUUACAGCGCGGACAAAACGCCAUAACGGAAAUUAGAAACUUCUAACUGCCCAACUUUUUAUCGCCGCUCUACUGGCACAACGUUGCCCCGUGUGUAACGGCGCGAGGGGAGGGGGGCAGGGGGAACGUCGCGUCGCCGUGUUCGGCAUACGCGCGCGUGCGCGCCAAUAAAAUAUUAAAACGCAAUAUAAAACGCGGACGAUGUUCACCCCGGGGCUAUUUGUACACGUUUAAUACCGACUACAAUGCGACCACGCCGCGCACGUUCCGUCAAUCAUUCUGGCGGGGCGCCGCGCACACGGUAUGCAAGUACUCUUGUACGGUAUUCGUAAUAGAUUUCAAUUAUCCGCCAAUCAUCGUUUUUUAAUAACGCAAAACGUGGUACGCGUGGGCAAAAGUAAUAUUGCGAUCGUUCGAGAUCGUUUGUGCGGCGCGUGCGUGUUAUUAAUUAUUUAUUGUUCGUUUUACCGAAACGCCAAGCGGUUUCGUUUGUUUUUGUUAAUUUUCCGCGCACGAAUUAUCGCGUCACGUAAUGUAUCGAGCCCGGUGCGACGGACGAGAAUCGGGACCUCAACAACAGGAAAAAAAAAAAUACGAGUUCCGUAGAGUUCGAUACAGACGAUUCUCUACGCCGUACGGUAAAACUUCGAUCGCAUUUUAAUCGCACUCGGAAAUAACAGUUGAACAACAACCGGUCGAUCAGUCGAUAUCAGUCAAACACAAAUCACAACCAUACACCAUCGCACAAUCUGGCACGGUGAUUAUUUAAUACGUCCAUAGAAAAAAAUGCGUUCCCGUAAAACCAAUGAAAAAAAAAACCCUUGGUAUAAAACCUCCGCUAAGCGCCAAUUAAAUUUAAAACAUGUUACAAUAAAGUAUUUGAAUUUACAGCGAGAUUUCUCAAAGGAAAAAUAAUUUAAAAAAGACGGACUUACUUCGACCAUGGGUGCAGUUUUAGGUGGGAAGUUGGGAAGGUAGGAUACAGAAGGGAAUUCAAUGUACGUGGGUAAGCAACGAUAAACUAUAGCUAACGAAAAAACGAUUCUGAGCGGAGUUCAGUUGAUAACGAUGCUUUGUCAACAAUAUGUAUGUCAUACUAUGGUAAAAUAAUUAAUUAGGCAUUAUAUAUUUUUUUUGAAAUAUUUGUUUAAUAUUGUACCGAUUUUCCCAUUUUUCUUACGUUUUUCCCGGUUGUUCACAUUUACUGGGUGAAACUCUUGGGAAAAUCAAAAAAUGGCCUCUUUAUGGCACCUUCCCAUUCAGAUUUCAUUUCAGAAAAAGUGCUAUCAUUGUUAAUUGGGGCAUAAUUGCUGGUAGAAAAGUUGUUCUCAGAAAAAAAGAAAGCCGCAAUAUAUUUUAACUAAUACCUGCAUUUCUUAUAUUUUCCCGUUUUUUUCAGUUUUUCAAAUUUGAUGAGAAAAUCGAAAACUGACCUCCUUAAAGAACCAGAUUUAUUUUUAGAAAAAAUUGCUAAGCUUGUAAGCCGGAGCAAUAUUUCUGAUGGAAAAAUUGUUCGAAGAUAAAAAAAAUAAUAAUAAUAAAUAAACACCAUUAUAAAACCAUAAGCUUCUUCGCUCCACUCAGAAUCUAAAACAUCGUAGAUGGUGAAACCAAUACAUUUAUCGUUUCUAAAAAAAAAAACUCAUGAUCGAUACACAAAAAUGUCUAAACAUUCCUGUUACUAUUUUCAUAAUACGACAUGUUAAGCACUUGCAUAUUUGUAUCAGCACGUGAUAUUUGCUGCACGGGCCUUCACGACCCUCAGGAAAAUAAUAUAGACUCUACUAAUGAAUCCAUUUCUCCAGGGUCUUGUUGGGCCUCGUUAAAAUUCGAUUUUUUUGUUAAGCUUUAUGAAAGUAUUUUUUUUUUUUUAAAGGUAACUUGAGGUAACUGUUGAAACUAUUCAGCAUAUAAUUAUAGUUUAAGAAACAAGAAAUUGAAUAAUUAUAUUAAAAAUAUUGUUCAUACUCAAUUAUAAUUAUACGAUAUUAUGCGGUUGAUUUUAAUACUCUGUUUCAUAAUGUUAUUAAAAAAAAAAACCAUUUUUUAAAACCUCCUUUUGUUUUAAAUUUGUUUUUAAAUACUAUUAAUUAAUAUUAAAAACGAGAGUAUUUUCACGAAAAAAAAUUAAGUUUCACGACGGCGUCAUUAAUCAAGAACUUAUCUUUUUCCCCCCUGCGUAUAGUUAUAAGCUCACAUAGUCAUCAUUUUACCGUCUUCAACUCUCCCCUUCUAUAUUUUGGCGAUAACGUCAUUAUUAUUAUGACUCAUAUUAUAGAAGUCCGACAGUGUUUUUCUAAAAGAAAUAAAAAAAAAAGAAAUAUGUAGUUACUCGUACAUCAACAAAGAUGCGGUACGUAAGAUUUUUUAAAAAAAUAAAUCAUAAAUAAUAGCUGUAUUUAUAUAGAAAUAAAAAUAACAAACGGGUUUUACAUUUUGUACGUUUCAUAAUAAAAUAAUAUCUACUGGGUGAUUCAUUAAGCAUGCUAACCUCGUUGUUUUGGUUAAAUUUUGCAUACAUUAAAAUUCUGAUUUUUGGGCCUUUAAGUGUAAUUAAAGCUGAUAAAUUUUCAAAUAGGUACUUAGAUUUUUCACAACAUUUAAGGAGCAUCCUGUAACGACACCAAUUUUGGUUUUUCAAAUGAGAACCUAUAUUAAAUAUUCCAUAAGUAGAUUGAGUAUUAAUUUAAAUACAUUUUGGUGCUAAUAUUUUUGAUUUUCGUCAAUCCUUUUUAAGUGGAAUAACUCAGAAAUCUUUCGUUUAAAUUUCCAUUACAAUACGUUAACAUUUUCAAAAAAAUCAUUUGAUUCAUAAUUACUGUAGGAAACUCCUUAAAGUUUGUGAAAAAUCUAAGUAUUUGAAAAUAAUGGUUUAAAUAACUAUAUUUGAAAAUUCCAAAAAUUAGAAUUUUAAAAUAUGCAAAAUCAAACGAUACAAAUGGGGCGAGCAUCAUUAUAGUGAAUCAUCCAGUUUAUACAAGGAUUGAAAAAUAUUUAAACCUAACUAUAUUUUUAUCGAUUUUUUACAUAAAACAGAAAAUAUUAUUGCAUUGUAUUUGUGUCUUUGAUAUGGAUGUCUUUAUAUAUAUACGUUAUUAUAUAAGAUGCUCAUUUUUUUCUCGCUACUUUUGGAAAUUUCUAUCGGCUCCCUGUGAACCGAAUGGGCUCUCGAAAUCGGAAAUUAAAGUUGUUUUAUAAACGGAUUGAAGUAAUAAAAGUCGGGUUGAGUUUACAUUUAAAUUGUUCCUACAUUGUUGUUGCGAGAAGAGAAUGUUUUUUAUUGUUGAAUAUCACUAUAGACCUCUCCAAAUGAAGCCAGGGGGAUAGAAUUUUCUAUUUUCAGAUUUAUUUAUUCAGAUAAAAUAAUAUAUAGAUAUAAUAUUAUAAUACUCGGUUAUUUAUUAUUUUACAAAGAAUACAACUAAAAUUCAAUAUAUAUUGGUAUUUAUAUACCUAUGUGUGUAUAUACAUUAUAUAUAGAUAGAAAAUAGGUGGGAGUAAAUUUGACUCUAGUGAUGGAGCUCUGUUACUCACGGAUAUUAUAAACUGUCCUCACCGGGUCCACUUUCAUCUCUACAUACAGUCCGCAAUUUGUUCAUUAAAAAUCACUAUUGACUACAUAGAAGCAUGCCUAGUGCUUAACAAUAAUUUGAACAAUCUGUUAAAUACAUUUUAUAGGUACAAAUAUAAUAGUUAGGUGUCGACUUUCAAAAACAAAUUUUAAUUCGAUAUUCUAACGCGGUCGUUUUAGUAUUUUAUUAUUUCAACAAGCUAAUGAAACUAAAAUAUCGAUAUAAUAAACGUUUUUUAUUUUUGAUUUUUGCGAGUAAAAUUACCGUUUCCAAUUAUUUAAUUAUUUCGAAAUGAACCGAUAUACAUAAAAGUACCUACUAAGUUUCACGAAUAUCGAUAAAUUCGUUUACACAAAGUGUUCCGGGAAAAUAAUCAACAAAUACAACCACGUGUUAGUUAACAAUAUUGAUUAUUUAUAAAAUAAUAUUUCGGUCAAUAUACGCGAGAACGGUCUGUAGUUUUUAAGAGUAGUAUUCAAAAUUGAAAUACAAUGCGUUCCAGAGCGAAAAACGUGCGGUUUGAUUUUCAAAAAUGUGUUAAGAAGAAGGGCGACACUGCAGUUAAUAGAUGUGCCGUCGUUAUACAAGGGAAAACAUUAUUACGGAGUAGUUUAAUAUAUACAAUCCGUACGCGACGAAAAAUUGAUUAUUGCUAAUGAAAAACGACUCUGAACAGGGAAACAUUAGUCGUAUUUAUUGAGAUUCUAAGCCUACUAAUUUCGUCGGAUUGAAAACAUUUUCAACAAGGUUUCCCGGUUCCCGUAAUUUUGGGUAAGGGGCACACAACUUUCGUGAGGCCCCUCGCAUCUCCCGGUACCUCGCACAGACCCGUUGGACUUUAUACGCGGCGGCGGACGAGAACGAAUUCUCCGCUCGCGUCGAGAUAAAAUCGGCGCGAGACUUGCGGGAAAACGACAAUAUAUUACCCGGGCCGUAUAUACACGCGCCGUUUUACGGGUUGUUUGGCGAACGAAAAAGUGAAAAAAAAAAAAAAAAAAACGCUCGUCUCACCGUCAUAUCAUUGCGAUAUUAUGCGCGUUACGAGGGCGGCGGCGGCGGCGGCGUCCCGUUAAUAGAAUACGUCCGAGGCGGCGGACGGCGCGGCCGUAGAGAUGUUGCGGUCGGAUAACGUAAACUGCGUGCGCCCGGCUGCCGCGCGCGCCCCCGGUCGCCCCGUCCGUGCGGGACGACAAAAAAGGACCCGCCGUCGCGCGAGCGGACCGUGUGCGAACGGCAGCGAACGGUCGUUCGGCGCGCCGCCCCUCCCCGUUCCGCAGUAUAUUUCGCGCGCGCGUGUGCGUGCAAUCGGUUCAGACAGGUGGAAAAAAUGAGUCCUCCUCUGACAAGAGUGAUAAUCGACCGGCGGCGGCGGGGGACGUAAUUGAAUUGUCACUGGCAACUCGAGAGCUAAUUUUACAACGUUUCCCCGCGCCGCCUCCGCCGCCGAUAUGAAACGAUUGUCAAAUCGGGCAAAACGUAAAGUUACCGUUUUUCCGCACAAACCGUUCCGCCGCCGCCGCUGCCGCCGCCGCCGCCGCCGCUCGUCGCAACGACGAGGGUUAUUAUAUUAUUAUAUUACAUGUUUUUAUUUUUUUAUUUUUUUUUUUCGAUUGCGUAUACAUAUAAAACGCCCGCGCCCUCCGACCGGAUCCCGCUGCUAACUCGCGCGGUCGCCGUCCCGUCCGCCGCCGUCGUCGUUACGUAUAAAUACGUUUGUGCAACUCGUUUUCUGCGCGACUUUGUUUUCCGUUUCCCCCCGCCCACCCUUAGUGCCCGUUCGCCGCGUACGUUUACGGGUCCGAAACGCGUCCCCCUGUCGCACUCGUCAGACGAUUUUCUCCGUUUCUCACCCCCUCGCCGCGGGAACCCGGACACUCUUCCCGAAGAUAACGGAAAACCCCCGAGUCGGUCACGCCAACGCUGCGAAUCCCGCAGACGACUGUGACGCCGUUUUUCCGGUUUCCUUCGCGCUUCGUAUCAAAACCCGCGAUUCGGUUUUCGGGUUCGCACUCCGGACGCCAUAUGACGUCCUCGGAGCAGUAUCGGGUUCGUCGGUUCGACAGUCGGGGGGUCGGCUUAUCGUUUCGGAUUGUCACGGUGCAGUCUUUUAUUUCCCCUUAAUGCUUCAAAAUCGCUCCGAGAAAACAAACGCCGGAGGCGAGGUCCGAAUUUGUUUUGACGAAAAAAAAAAAUAAUAAAAAUACAAAAUACACGAAACACAAAAUAUGAUAAUCGCUCCGUUCCACCGGCACUAAAAUUAUCCAGAAAAAUUUCACGGAGAAGAGUGUUCGGCCUCUCCUACACUUCCUCUUUUAGCUCCAUAAUUCAGAUACGGCCGUACGAAACACGUGCGUAACAUAUACGUACAAUUUUUUUUUUUUUUUUACAUCCAAACAAAAAACGCAUUAAUUCCGUUAACGAUAAAAUAUUACGGCGUAUAUUAUUUCGUACGAACAGUUUGAAAGCAAUUAUUAUAUCCCGGGACAUUUAAAUAAACUAAAAAAAAAAUAACAAUAACCUCGACGGAAAAAAAAAAUCGUCCCUGUAGAUCGCUGUGGGGAUCACUACGAUGAACGCAUAAAAUAUGUACGAACGAAAAAUGUUUUUUCAAACACCGGCUAAAACUACGCGCGCGAUAUUUUACGCGAAAUACAAUAAUAAUUGAAUUACUAUUUCCGUAGAAUUCCCCGCGAAAUUUAAUAAAAAAAAAAAAAAAAAACCAUACGGCGGGCUAGGGCAUGAGCGCGCGCGCGUUUAUUACGAAUUACACCGUAAUUAAUUAAAUUAUUAUCGCGCACGCGUAACUAUCCAUCGAAAUAAUUAACGAGACAAUAGCUGCGGGAAAAGACAAAAAAAAAAAAAAAAAAAAAACCUCGCGGCGCAAAUCGCGUUACACGCCGUUAUAAUGUUUACGAGUAUCGGGUAAAAGCGGAUUCCGAUAAAAUUGAAAACAGUUCGGAUCCGAAUGAUCCGAGAGCUUGUUUUGCGCGAAACAUUAUUCGUUUAUGUUGCUCGUCGCGUAAACCAAUGUACGACAAUUACGCGUCGCAUUUUUUCCGAAUUCUCCGACAGCAAACGACGCAUGUGUUUCGCAAAAAGUCUACGGGUUCCGCGUAAGUUUGACCGCCGCGAUCGUAUCGCACCGGGGUCCGCGGGGUACGCGCGGUACACGAGAUUGUCCGUCGAGAAUUCUCGUCAAACCACUUUAUUUUAUUUAUAUUUUGUAGUGUUUUUUUUUUUUUUUUUUAUUUGUUAAUCUAAGAAACGCGAUUUCAACCGUGCGUAUUAGUAUACGUAUCAGUACGCGUGAACAUCGAAACAAAAAACAAAAAAAAGCUAACCGCGCGGCGAGCGACGGCGAUUUUAUUAAAAACAAUAAAAAAAAUACGAGGCGGUUAUCGGGACUGUAACAUACGAAAGCGCCGCGACUCCGUGCCAAAACACACUUUUUGUAAAACCGUAUUUCCGUUUCGUUUCGUUUUUUUUUUCCUUCUACUCGGUCGGACAACGAAAAUACACGUUUUUGUCGAAAACGUAAACCCGCGACUACUGCAGUACAACGGUACCCCGGAGAAACACGACGACAUAAUCCCGCGGUGUACAUAUUGUAAUAUUAUCUUUACAAACGGGACGAUGACAAUGGGACGAGGGACGCGAGAUAAACGCAUCGCGUUAUCGUAAAAUAUACAGAGUGUUCUCCGCGAAUAAGUAAUACCCGUUGUGGUGUGUCUACGAAAAUUGGUAAAAUUCCAACUGUUUUCCGAAUUUUUUAAUUUUUUUUUUCGUCCUAAUAGUUUUCGGACGAAACAAUUGCCUACUUUUGAUUUUCAAACCUGUACUGAAAAUUCCAUAAAUAAACGACAGUAUCGGUUUAUAUACAUUCUUUGACGUUUUUUUUUUUAUUUCCGUCAACCAGCUGCUUGUUUUCAACGGGUACACCUUCGUGAAACACCAAACAAAGACAAAUAUAACAGUGUAAACUUCUAAAAAAAAAGGACGGACAUAAUUGGCACGCGGGUGCAGCCACUUUUGUAAAUGAGAAGUUGGAAAAGUAGAAUACAGACGGGAAUUCAAUGUAUAUCUAAUGAUUGUUAGCUGAUGUAUCGUUGAUGUAACCAACGAUAAACCAUUGCUAACGAAAAACCGAUUCUGAACAGAGUUCUGCAUUGUCAACAAUAUAAAAUAUUAUGUCAUAUUAUGGUAAAAUUAUUACAACAAUGUACGUUUCCAUGACAACACGAUUGUUUAAAAAAUAUUUAAAAUAAUUAAAACUUAAUAAUAACAAAAAAAAAAUUUAAAUGAUUGCCAAUGACAACCUUAUUUAUAAUAAUUAUUUUUAACCUCAUUAUCUCGAAUAUCAAUGAUAAUUUCAAAAAAUGACUUCUCUAAAGUACCACCCACGGAACAUUUUCUUUCGGAAAAGAUACUGUACUUGAUAAUCGGAGUAUGCUUUCUAGUAAAAAAAGUAUUCACAUAAAAAAAAAUAACAAAAAUAAACAUCUUUGUAAAACCAAUACAUUCCUCGCUCCAUUCAGAAUCUAAAAUAAGUACGUAUAAAUAAUAUAAUAUAAAAUAAAACAUUUCCGACACAAUAAUAUCGGUACUUUGUCAUGAUUACAUAUCGGUGGUUAGAUUAUAGUAUUUCGGUAACCGUAGUAUGAAUAAUAAUAUGAAAAGCCUGGGCAAUACGAUAUUUUUAAGAUACCUACCAACCCAUCUAUAACGACAUAAACAGAUUAACAAUAUAAUGCAUGCGUUUUUCAAGAUUAAGCCCCAGAGCAAUAUAAAUAUCGAGAUCAUUAAUGCUGUACGCCCCCAUAAAAGCGAACAAACAAACGAUAAGUAUAUAAUAGGUGUCUAAUCGUGAACAUAGCAGUUAGCCAGAACAUAAAAAUCGUGACGAUUAUGUCAUACCAUUAGAGUGUAAAUACGAAAUUUAGAUCGGAGAAAAUACGUUCGAGGGGUGUAAGUAAAAAAUAAAUUGCCAUACGAAAUAUGUCGAAACCGUGACGGUUUUGUUUUUAUUUUUGAUCGGUUGUGACUUUUUUUUUUGCGAAAACCCGCCCACGAAAAUAUGCUCCUCUUCAAAUUCCGUUUUUCGCAUUUCGAACCCGGACGCCGCGGUUUACGUCGUAAACAAUUUCCGCACCGAGUCUGCGGUCCGCUGGUCAGAUUCGGGACGGUAAAACGGCCGGCACGGCGUCGCGCUCCCGUAUAACGUCACGUCCGAUACCAUACUCGUUUCUAACGGGAAACGCGCCGUGGCAUUACGAGAAAAAAAAAAAAGGAAAAAUGUCGUCCCGGCGGGGGGAAGGGAGGGAGGGGGAACCGUGUAUAAUAAUAUAUACAUAAUUUAUUCGUUUUGACCCGUACCUAAAAUACCGAAUUAACGCGGCGACGACGACGACGGCCGUCGAGCGAUAUCGUUACGGGGGGGAAGGGGGGGGCGCUCGUACGCGCAGUACACGCUCGCGUCGCCGGUCUACGAAAAGAACGAAUAAUUUAUAAAAGUUUUGUCGGGGACGGGGGAAAGACUUAAAAUAAACGGAGACCUUAACCGAGGUGAUACGCGCGUGUAUAAAUAUACAAAAGCACGGCGAAUUCGUCGACAAAACUGCCGUCAUAAUCCGAAAUGGGGUCUUAUACGACACACGGUCGCCUCUCGCUGCCUCCCCGCGCCCGCGCCCGAACGGAGACGGUACCGUCCUAUAAAUAUAUAUAUAUAUAUAUAUAUAUAUAUAUAUAUAUAUAUAUCUAUACGCGCGCGCGCGCGCGCGGGGACACUACUCGUAUACGCGAAGGAUUAAAGACUUAAAUUACAAACUCCGUCGGCAUAAUAAAGGUUCUAAUUCUUCGCGUCUUUUCCAAAUCCGUGUACUUUAUCACGUGUCGCGUCUUCUUAAUUCGGUGUCUGCUUGGCUUAUCGCCCGCCGCCCGCCGCCGCCCCCCCCCCAACCCGGAGACCGUCCCCUCUUCCCCGCCCUGCACGGACGCGGGCGCAUAAUCCGGACGACGACGGCAAACUACUACGCGACGCAAAGACGAAAAAUCGGUGUAAAGCGAUUACCGAACGUUCGAUAAGCGUCUUUGCGCGGCUAACGCCGCGUCGUCGUCGCUUGUUUGUGUCUCCUCCGAAUUUGAUUUCCCCUCCCCCUUCCCGUUUCGGUAUGCGUAUAUACUCGCUUAAUGACACUUUAACGCGGCGCGCUCCACUCGACUUUUGAUACUAUCGCGGCGCGCGCGUUUUAUAUACCUGCUGGGUACCGUGUACGGGUUUUAAAAAAUAUGCGACCGCGCGAUCUUGCGGCGAAGACCCGUUUUCGGGCAGAUAUCUGCUCAAAAGACGUUCCCGCCCCGGGGCCGUAUUAACUGAUUAGACGCCGACAUGAAGCGCUAUGCCUAGGCCAAAGAAAACCCGCGUCGAUAAUAUCGUUUAUUAUUAUUGAUUUUUUUUUUUCUGUCUGUAAACAACGUUUCUGCCGGAAAUGUCACUCCGAUCAUUUGCGACUUCACGCACGGUUUCUGUUAGAUAUAACUUUGUAUAGUCGGUGACAACCACGCGAUGAGAUGUAUAGUUCCUAACAGAGUUAAUAACUUUGGAAAACAUGAAUAUUUACACAAUAAUGAUUUCUGUUUAUUUUUUGAUUUUUUUAGUUUUUAGAUAGCGAACGAAGCGAGGAAUGUAUUGGUUUUACGAUUAUGUUUAUUUUUUUUUUCGUCUGCGAACAAAUUCCUACCAGAAAUGUUACUUCGGUUUUCUAAUUUACUACUUUUUCUGAAGGGAAAUUUUAAAUGGACGGUACUUUAUAGAGAUCAUUUUUUUGAUUUUCCCAGAGGUUUUCAUAAAACUUGGGAAAAAACGAGAAUAUGUAUGUACAUGUACAAUAGACACUUUGCUCCGAAUCGUUUUCCAUUAGUAAUGUUUGAUCGUUACGUACAUAUAUAAAUUCAAUUCCCCUCUAUACCGUACUUUCCUAACUUCUCACCUGCAACGGUAGCUCACCCAUCGUAAGAAGAAUAUAACUUUUUUAAAAAAUUUUUUUUUUGUGAUUUGAUAGAAAAUAAUCGUAAUAACCUGCACCUUCAUCGAAUACUUACAUUUCCUUAUAGUUCUUUCAUAAUAAUUGAUAAAACCACGAAUUAGUUACAAAUCGAAUACGAAACGUAGGAAAAACGUAAAGAUGUAACCGUUUCUGUUUUGUUGGUUUUCAUUUGGUUUUAUGUGGAUACAUUUGUUUUUACCUGGCAAAAAUGAUCGACAACAAUUUAACACUAUAUUCAUCAUAAGCCUAAUAUUAAAAACAAAAAAUUUUUUUUAUAAAAAUCGUUUUUUAUUAGCAACGAUUUACCAUUACGUAGGUACUGAUAUAAAUUAAAUUACAGUAUAUAGUUCUAUUUUUCCAAAUGCCCGCCAACGACAGUAGCACAGCCGUCAGCUAUAUUAGUUUUUUAUUUUCAUGUUCUACUUUUUGUUUAAACAUAAAAUUAAUUAGGAACAAAACAAGAAUCGAGUCUAAGGUUUAAUUAAGUUUAAAAUCAAAACAAAUAAAAAUCAUCUUCUUUUAAAACAGAUCGAUUUAAAAACCAUGCUACAUAUACUCUUGUUGACGACAUUUACUAUAAUAUUAUACGAUAUUGGUAUUUUUGUUUGUGUGCGUGUGUACUUUUUCGUCGUAUUUUUUACAACACUAAAAAGGCGGAGUUUGAGAAUUGCUUUCGAUUUAAAAGAAUAAUAAAAAAAAAAAAAAACCACACUACCGAGAAAUUCGGAAAUGGCACCCACUAAUGACAACGGCGUGUUUAGAUAAGGGUAAUAAUUCAUGUGCAUGACGGAGGAGACGGAAGACGCGAGAGACUCAUAAAAAGAAUUCGAAAAAACAGCCUUUAACUGAUAACAUUUCCUUUUCUUUUUUUUUUUAUUUUCCCUCCUCUAUGAUGUUCGUCGUUUGGUUUUAUCACUAUUGGGGUGGAAUAUUCCCCACGUAUACGCCUAUACUUUGCUGACGAACCACAUGAUACCACUCAAUGAUGGAUUAAUGCAUUCUUUUCUUUUAGUUUCCAUACAAAUAAUUUUUUUUUCGUUUUAUUGGAAAUUAAAUGAUAUAAAAUUUAAUUAAUUUUUUUUAAUCGCCUCAUUUAGGUAUAUUAAUAAACCGACUAAAAUUAAAGAAGUUGAAAAUUUUUUUUAAGACAAUUAUGUAUACGUAUUAUAUUUUUACUUAUACAAUGUAUAAGUAAUAAUAUAUAAUGUAGGUAUAAUAUAUACAUUAUAAGUAACUAAAAAUAAAUAAUAUAAAAUAUUCAUAAAUACUCUCGAGAUAUAUUUCAUAAUUUAUUAAAAACUAAAAACACACUUUAAGUUUAAACCCUAACAUGAAUUUAAUUUUGUUUUUUAGUCAAACCCUUCGAGGCAACUUUACUCAAUCUGCCUCUGACACGAGGGAAUAAUAUUCUUUAAAAGAAUAACUUUUUUUCUACACAUUUUAUGUAUAGGUUGUAUGAACUAUCCUCACUAAAACCCGAAGAAGGGUUAAUUAAAGGCCGUCAACAAUUCUUCCCAUAAUAUCAAAGUAUUAAAAUCUCAAGUUCCCUUUAAAAUUAACUUUUUAAUAUUUUAAUUUUCAUUAUUUGAACAUUUAUCCAUUAUUACGUUCAAGAUUCAACUAGUGGCAUGCCUAAGAUCAGUAAAAGAGUUCUUCGGGGCAUCUGUCUUGCAAACUCUAAUUUUGACCUAAACCGCGCCUUUAAUAAAUUUAAACAAUUAUUAUAAUUUUAAAUUAUGAGUUUAGUGUCAAUUGAAGAACAACACUCGAAUCUGCGUAAAAAAAAAACUGUGGAAUCAUGUUUUAGUUUUAUAUUUGUCUUACAAAUAAAAAUCACACUAUUUGAGAUGACCCUUAAACUAUAAAAUAUGUGCAAUAUAAUAUAUAUUCAAUAAUAAUAUUAUUUAAAUUUAAUAUCUUAUUUUAAAUUGUGUGUCUUAUAUUUAUUGUUUAGCACCCGAGAAAAUGAAAUUACAAAAUCGUCUAUUUAAAUGUCAAAACCCUUUUACCCAAACAAAACGAUAAACACAAAUCUUAAUUUCUGACUCAAUUACCUAAACACUUAAUACGCGUAUAAUUUUUGAACUCCGUUGUGCCAAUGAAAUUAGGUGCCUGCAGGGAAAAUGAAAUUAUACAGAAAACCCACUAUCAACACAUGUUGAUGUUGAGAGUUACCCUUUUUGACGCGUUAUCGAGAAUUUGUUAAAACGCGUCUCGGGAUAAUGUAUUCUUCGUUUAGCCGAAACGUCAUCUGUUGUUACCUAAUGAUUAUUCACCGUAAAGUGCCUUAGACGUAUAGUAACAGCAGCUUCGGUGCACUGGCGCUAACGUUAAAUAUAUAGGGAAAGAGAUGAGUAGGUACUGUAAAGCAGCGGGGAGAGGGGACGAAUGUGUUAAAAGUUAUUCAUGCAACUUUAAAUGCGAACGAAACUUGAUUUUCGUCAGCGGGGGAGUGUAUAUAUAUAGGAGCAGAGGCGGUGUUGGGUAGAGGAUGGCAAACGCGUAUACUGAUUAAUUAUUCGACGGAUGCAGAUGUAUCAAGCCGAGAAACUGGAAGAGAGGUUUUUGUUUUUGAAUCAUUGGCAUCCAUGUGAAAGGAUUUCCAUGUGAGAGAAGUCGAAGUCGAAUGAUGCAGAGAGUGAAAACUUGCUUUCGCCCUGCAGGACGUUUUCUCCAUAACCAAGAAUUGUAUAGCAGGGGGAUAAAUUAAAUUGAUUUACAGUUUGAAAAUUAGAUCGAUUGAUCAUUUAAUAUUAUGAUACAUAAGUUAAUACACAAUUGUAAUUUGCGUAAUAACGAUUCAACAUAAAGUUAAAACUCGUAUUUAAAAUAAUCGUUUCCAAUACAAAAACUUCCCUUGUACAUUAUUAGUUAUCUUUUUAUAUGGAGUUUUAUGGAAAAAUGAUAGGUACCCGCAUAUUAAUGUCAACUCAACUCAACGAAUAAAGACAAUUAUCUGGGUAUUAACAAUAAUAAUAAUAAUAAUAGUAAUAAUCGUUUGAAACUUGUAUAAAUCUGUUAUUAAUCGCAAUUUUUUUCCCCUAGUCGAAAACAACGGUAUUAAGUCGAAAAAAGUGCGGGACAAAGUUUCUAAUUUAUCGGCAUAAUAAAAACAUAAUCCGGGGCGCCCUCGGACCGUGACAUAACUGCCCUGGGCACGACCUUUAAAUGACUUAUAAAUCCGAUCGAGCUGCGCUCAUAAACUGUUUUCUCAUAAACUUGAUUUAAAGAUUUUCAAAAGCUAGUAAAACAAAUAACUUCAAAUAAACAAUCCGCCGGAAACGUACACCCUUAUAUUAUUAUAGCGAUGAUGUAUUUAUGAAGGAUGUUCAGAGACGAACUCCCCAAAUAAGAUUUAUUAAAAAAAUGUUAUUUUCCCUGUUCACCCUCUUUUAAGCCAACUAUCGGACACAAUUGUAUACUUACUCGUAACACAUUAAUUUAAAAAUAUAACUUUAUUAUCGGGGUAGUACACAUUUAUCCUGCAGAAUCGCGUGUAAAAUAAUAUUUUAUUGUCUUUAGCGCGAAAGAAACGACUUUUCGCCGAUUAUUAUUUUAAGUGUCACAAACGCUUAAAUUGGAUAUAAAAUAGAUUAAUAUAAAAAUACCCGUAUAAUAUAUAUUAUUAUGACGUAUACUUUAAUAGAUUAAUAAUGGCAUUUGUGAACGUUAAUUUACAAUUUACUCCGAGUCAGUGACUACAAUAAUCCAAAUCCGUUUAACCCAAUAGAUUACAAAUUAAUGUCUAGUCGAGUAUUGUAAUAAUGAUAAUGGAUUGUUUGUACCUUAAACGGAUUACUAGCGUGCAUACCUAAUCGUGUUAUACAUUUUAAAUGUCAAUGUGUAAUCUACUCUGUGGUUCCUUUGAGCUCGAUAAUUUUUUUUUAUUCUGGAACGAUACACGAAUUCUUGCACGAGCCCUUAGUCGACGCGAAUUUAAAAAUAUUUAAACUAAUAAUCUAAUUCUAUGUACGUAAGAAUGUUGUACUGAAGACACGGUUACUUUGAUUUUCAGAUUUUGCGUCGGAGACCGCUUUUAUCUGUGCGAAAACAAAAUAUUAUGCGAAUAUGAUUUCGAAGAGAGAAUGGUAUUUGCGAACAUGGCUUACAAUCCAGCAACGUUGGCUCAGUUAAAGCGACACGCUACGCACAUACCACCAGCGGUAUGUUCUAAGCAAUUUUAAUAUUUUAGAAAAUAAACCAAAUGUUUUUUCGGAAAUAAUGCCACCAUUUUAGGUAAAAUUUACAUUUUCGUUUGAUAUGUGAUAUUCUCUGAAGUUUCACCGUAAAAUUCUUAAAACGCUAAAAUAAAGCAAAUAUUUCUAUUUAAAUUAAAUUAUCAAACAAAUUUGUUUUUAACGUAAUAUUUAAAAAGAAAAAAAUAUCACCAUAAACUAAAUUAAAAACUUAAAAAUUUAAUAUUAUAUAAAUACCUACAACACAAUAACCUACAACGCAAUAUUAUUAUUACUAUCGAUAAAUAUAAAAUAUAAUAAUAUAGAAACGAACGACUUGCCUACACAAAUAUUUUUUUUACGAGAAUAAAUCGAAUUAUUAUUCGGAAACUCGAUUUGUGCUAGUGUACGCUCGUGUGUGAACUUAAAAAAAAAAAACAAUCUUGUAAAAAUCUUUCUUUCGGUUUUUAUCUAUACGGUAUCGAUAUUAUUCCAUUGGUUUACGCGAUUCGUUCUCCCCCCCCCCCACCCGCGUCAAAUGUGAGUAAAUUAAUAAUUAAUUUAAAAAAAAGGUCAUUACUAUAAUUUUAGUAAAGAUCCCCUCCCCAGAAAAAUUAUCCCGAUUCAACACUGUUGGUCCCGCCUGUUAUACAAUUGAACGAAUCGAUUUUUAUUGUUAAAAUAUAUUCAGGUCGGCGGUGGCAACGGCGGCGGCGGCGGAGGAAACGGUAGGCCAGAUUUACCGAUGGCAACGGGAAGUAACGGGGCUGGGGACCGUCGGAACAUCACGCCGACCGAGUCGCAUCACCACGGACAUCACCAUCACGGGCAUCACCACGGAGUGCCCACCAGUAACGGACAUCAGUUCGGAGGGUCCGGUGCUACCACAAACGGCGAUCAGUCUCAGCUCCAGUUGUACGACGUAAAAUAA